UUGUCGUUGGUUUGAAUGAUCGAGAAGGAGAGUCUCCCUCUGUGCCUAUGAGCGCCGCCUGUCACUGGAAUACGAUAGAGAGGGCAGGCCGGGCCUGGUUAUCGCUGGCUCUCCCCGCGGGCUGCACACAGGAGCUGACCGGCACAGACAGCAGCCAUGUUCCGCAGGAUAUUACAGAUGGUAGGGAGCGGCACGUGAAUAGCACUUCCUAGUACGGGGUGUGUGAGCCGGGCAGGGCCCACUGUCUGACAGCCAGCCUCUUAAUAGGAGACCCGGGCACUGCCAGCCAGCCAGCUAUUUAAUACGAGACCCGGGCACUGCCAGCCAGCCACUUAAUAGGAGACCCGGGCACUGUCUGCCAGCCAGCUAUUUAAUACGAGACCCGGGCACUGCCAGCCAGCCAGCCAGACAGCAUGCUCAUAGGAGACCCGGGCACUGCCAGCCAGCCAGCUAUUUAAUACGAGACCCGGGCACUGCCAGCCAGCCAGCCAGACAGCAUGCUCAUAGGAGACCCGGGCACUGCCAGCCAGCUAUUUAAUACGAGACCCGGGCACUGCCAGCCAGCCAGCCAGACAGCAUGCUCAUAGGAGACCCGGGCACUGCCAGCCAGCUAUUUAAUACGAGACCCGGGCACUGCCAGCCAGCCUCUUAAUAGGAGACCCGGGCACUGCCAGCCAGCCUCUUAAUAGGAGACCCGGGCACUGCCAGCCAGCAUGCUCAUAGAAGACCCUGGCAGUGCCAGCCAGCCAGUAUGCUCAUAGGGUACCCGGGCACUGUCUGCCAGCUAGACAGCCAGCAUGCUCAUAGGGGACCCGGGCACUGUCUGCCAGCUAGCCAGCCAGCAUGCUCAUAGGGGACCCGGGCACUGCCAGUCAGCCUCUUAAUACGAGACCACUGCCAGCCAGCUAUUUAAUACGAGACCCGGGCACUGCCAGCCAGCCAGCAUGCUCAUAGGGGACCCGGGCACUGCCAGCCAGCUAUUUAAUACGAGACCCGGGCACUGCCAGCCAGCAUGUUCGUAGGGAACCCUGGCACUGUCUGAGACACAGUGCUCACUGCCAGCCAGCAUGCUCAUAGGGUACCCGGGUAGUGCCCACUGCCAGCAUCUUAACAGGAGACCCGAGGUGUCUGAUCCACAGGGCCCACUGCCAGCCCAACACACCCAGUAUCACUGCAGUGCUCUAUUAUACCAUAUUAUGCUAUACUGUGCUAUAUUAUACCAUACUGUACCAUACUAAGCUAUAUCAUACUAUGCUACAUAGUGCCAUAACAUACUAUAAUAUACUGAACUAUACUUGUGUGUGUUAGAGUUAUCUCCAGGCCCUGUCACCCUGUACUGAGAGUGAGUGAUCAGCAGGCCCUGCCACCUUGUACUGAGAGUGAGUGAUCAGCAGGCCCUGCCACCUUGUACUGAGAGUGAGUGAUCAGCAGGCCCUGCCACCUUGUACUGAGAGUGAGUGAUCAGCAGGCCCUGCCACCUUGUACUGGGAGUGAGUGAUCAGCAGGCCCUGCCACCUUGUACUGGGAGUGAGUGAUCAGCAGGCCCUGCCACCUUGUACUGGGAGUGAGUGAUCAGCAGGCCCUGCCACCUUGUACUGAGAGUGAGUGAUCAGCAGGCCCUGCCACCUUGUACUGAGAGUGAGUGAUCAGCAGGCCCUGCCACCUUGUACUGAGAGUGAGUGAUCAGCAGGCCCUGCCACCUUGUACUGAGAGUGAGUGAUCAGCAGGCCCUGCCACCUUGUACUGAGAGUGAGUGAUCAGCAGGCCCUGCCACCUUGUACUGAGAGUGAGUGAUCAGCAGGCCCUGCCACCUUGUACUGAGAGUGAGUGAUCAGCAGGCCCUGCCACCUUGUACUGAGAGUGAGUGAUCAGCAGGCCCUGCCACCUUGUACUGAGAGUGAGUGAUCAGCAGGCCCUGCCACCUUGUACUGAGAGUGAGUGAUCUGCAGGCCCUGCCACCUUGUAUUGAGAGUGAGUGAUCAGCAGGCCCUGCCACCUUGUAUUGAGAGUGAGUGAUCAGCAGGCCCUGCCACCUUGUAUUGAGAGUGAGUGAUCAGCAGGCCCUGCCACCUUGUAUUGAGAGUGAGUGAUAUGCAGGCCGUGCCACCCUGUAUUAACAGUGAGUGAACUGCAGGCUCUUCCAUCCUGAACUGAGAGUGAGUGAGUGAUCUGUAUGUAUCAGUACAUUUACUUGGUGUGAGAGUGCUGAGAGUAAGUGAUCAGCAGGCCCUGUCACCCUGUAUUGAGAGUGAGUGAUCUCCAGGCCCUGUCACCCUGUACUGAGAGUGAGUGAUCAGCAGGCCCUGUCACCCUUUACUGAGAGUGAGUGAUCAGCAGGCCCUGUCACCCUUUACUGAGAGUGAGUGAUCAGCAGGCCCUGUCACCCUUUACUGUGAGUGAGUGAUCAGCAGGCCUUGCCACCUUUUACUGAGAGUGAGUGAUCAGCAGGCCUGUACUGAGAGUGAGUGAUCUGCAGGCUCUGCCACUCUGUAUUGAGAGUGAGUGAUAUGCAGGCUCUGCCACCCUGUAUUGAUCAGCAGGCCCUGCCACCUUGUACUGAGAGUGAGUGAUCAGCAGGCCCUGCCACCUUGUACUGAGAGUGAGUGAUCAGCACGCCCUGCCACCUUGUACUGAGAGUGAGUGAUCAGCAGGCCCUGCCACCUUGUACUGAGAGUGAGUGAUCAGCAGGCCCUGCCACCUUGUACUGAGAGUGAGUGAUCAGCAGGCCCUGUCACCUUGUACUGAGAGUGAGUGAUCAGCAGGCCCUGCCACCUUGUACUGAGAGUGAGUGAUCAGCAGGCCCUGCCACCUUGUAAUGAGAGUGAGUGAUCAGCAGGCCCUGCCACCUUGUAAUGAGAGUGAGUGAUCAGCAGGCCCUGCCACCUUGUACUGAGAGUGAGUGAUCAGCAGGCCCUGCCACCUUGUACUGAGAGUGAGUGAUCAGCAGGCCCUGUCACCUUGUACUGAGAGUGAGUGAUCAGCAGGCCCUGCCACCUUGUACUGAGAGUGAGUGAUCUCCAGGCCAUGUCACCCUGUACUGAGAGGGAGGAAUCAGCAGGCCCUGCCACCCUGUACUGAGAGGGAGGAAUCAGCAGGCCCUGCCACCCUGUACUGAGAGUGAGUGAUCAGCAGGCUCUGCCACCUUGUACUGAUAGUGAGUGAUCAGCAGGCCUGUAUUAACAGUGAGUGAACUGCAGGCUCUGCCACCCUGUAUUAACAGUGAGUGAACUGCAGGCUCUUCCAUCCUGAACUGAGAGUGAGUGAUCUGUAUGUAUCAGUACAUUUACUUGGUGUGAGUGAUAAGCGAUGCAUUAGUGAUUUUUGUACCAUGAAUAACUGAUCUGUAGUGCCUGACCCUGUCUGGUGUGGAAUCUUAACAGGGUGUGUUGUCACUUGCAGUACCUGCCUCUUUCAGGGUUUCACCUUCAGAUCCCAUCCGCUGCAUUGAGUAUGCAUUUCCUGCACAGGCCAUAGGUGACUUGAAUAAUCUUUCCAGUUUAGCAGCUUUGGCCUUAAAAUGACACUCCAGAACAGAAAUUGGCACUUUUAUAAAUUAACUUUGUUAUACCCCACUAGCUGUAACAUUUCUCAUUGAGAACUAUGUGUUUGUACAGCCACUGAAAAUAUGGGCUGGUUUGGAAGGAAAUGGCUUGCAAAGGCUAAAAUACAAAUUUUUUUUUUAAGGGUUACUCGAAAUGUUACACUGUUUUUGAUUUUAGCAACCCGUACUGGCACAUCCCCCUCAAUGAGUAAAGCAAAAACUUACCUGUGAUCCCUCACUAAAGUUCUCCUUGUAGCCUGUUAGUACUCUGGUGAUGUUACUCACAUUACUGCGAGGAGAGGGAUGUCCUGGAGAAUGGGAUGAAGGGAAGACUUGAGAGGGAGGGCAUGCCACUAUUGGUUGCCAUUUGAAUGCAGAAUUCAGAAUGGUACAGCAUGCCAUUUGAAUGCAGAAUUCACAUUAGCUGGUUCAGAACUCCUGUUUCGGAUUGGCUAAUGAACACCUUCCACAGAAAAUAGCUUUUUCUUUGUAUGUGCAGUACUAAAUCGCUGCAAAUAUACACCACAAGCACCAUGACCACUUCAAGUCAGUGAAAUGUUCAUAAUGUUUGGGGUAACUCUUUGGCAGAUUUAAAAUGCAAAACAGUUACUGAGCGAUCUACUUUUAAUCAUUUCCUCACAAAUUCCUUGGUGAAUCCGGUAGAGCAGGGAUUUUCAGUGAAGUGUGAAUUGUUUAUUUUUCUUUUUAACCUCAAUAUUUGAAUCGGGAGGGAUGGGAAGGAGUCUACCAACUAUGUUUCUAGUUCUGCUAUUUUGACCUAAAAAUACACUCUGGACCCUGCCAUUAGAAGAAGUGCUCAUAGACACCUUUUGAUUGGCACAGUACAGUGUUUUUCUGGGCAUGUAUACUAGCCACUGUAGCCACUUUAGUGAGAUGAAGGAGUUACGGUGCCUACUGUUUCCCUUUAAAAUUCACUUUGAAGUUCUGACAAUUCUAAUGAUAACAAAAAACAUUUAGUGUAACCUGGAACAUUUUAAAGAAAUGCAUUUUACUUCAGCAGUUGUACAGAGUAAAAUAAUGAGAGAACGUGUUUUUUUUUCCCAGGAUUUCCUGCUCUGCUGGAACUUAUGGUUAAAAGUGGGACACUGUAUAAAAAGGGCAUGUAACUUUAUCAAUCAGAAAAUAAUGUUCAUUGCAAACAUAUAUCUUGAAUCUCUAUGCCUAAAAGUUAUUUCCCAUUAAUUUUUUUUAUAAAAGCUAAAGCGGAAACAUUAAAUGUUUAGAAGAAAAGGCAGAGAAAUUUAAUUUUAUGGUGCAGAAUAAAUUAUUUAAAAAUGUAAAAAAUGUUUGUUUUUUUGGUUUAUUAAUGUUACUAAUCUUGCCUAAGCUACUGAUUGCACCAAACAUGUAGGUGCCUGGACUACCCAUGAUGUUUUGAGUCACCUUUGAACUGUGACUACACAGUAUUGUUGUAGUUUGUGCAGUUGGCUGGAGCUCAAGUAAUCAUCCUAAAGAGUCAUCACUCAAUGAAAACUGGUUAACUGUUAAGAAAUUCUAAUUUUGCUUCCAUCGAUUAAUCAGUAACUUGGGUGUGGCCAUUCUUCCUUCUUCAUCCUUCUUGUUCCCUUUAAUCAAGUUAAAGGAACAGUUCAAUAACAAUGUUUGUGUAUAUAUUGCUUGGCUUUGUUUUCCCUUUCAAAAAUUACUGCUGUGCAUCACUGACAUAUCUCAAGUUGGACCUUGGGAUAGUCUACUUUGGGCAUCUCUCCCCCUUACAAUUAACCCAGCAUUCUCAGCUUACAUGCAAAUAAACACAGGCAUUGUGUUACCAUCAUCAUCCUGUAUUUCUGCAGGCAUAUUUAGCUAUAUAUUAUGCAUGUACAGUACUGUGCAAAAGUUUUAGGCAAGUUUUAAAGGACCACUCUAGGCACCCAAACCACUUCAGCUUAAUGAAGUGGUCUGGGUGCCAGGUCCUUCUAGGGUUAACCCAUUUUUUUAUAAACAUAGCAGUUUCAGAGAAACUGCUAUGUUUAUCAAUGGGUUAAGCCUUCCUCCAAAUCCUCUAGUGACUGUCUCAUUGACAGCCGCUAGAGGCGCUUGCGUGCUUCUCACUGUGAAAAUCACAGUGAGAGCACGCAAGCGUCCAUAGGAAAGCGUUAUGAAUGCUUUCCUAUGCGCCCGGCUGAAUGCGCGCGCAGCUCUUGCCGCGCGUGCGCAUUCAGCCGACGGGGCGGAUCGGAGGAGGAGAGGAGGCAGAGAGCUCCCCGCCCAGCACUGGAAAAUGGGAAGUUUUUACCCCUUUCCCCCUUCCAGAGCCCUGAGGGUGGGGGCCAUGGUGUAAGUCAGGCCACGGUAUCACUAAACAGCGUGCAUCUUCAUAGGAUCACUGCAGCCAUUCUGGAUCCCAGGGAAAGGAUCCACUCCAGCUCUCCCAAAGGAGAAAAGGCCGGGUGGACUUAAUUUAAAAUAAUAAUAUAAAAUUACAAUUUGUGAGUGUAUGAGAAAAUGUGAGUGUGUGGCGGUGUGCGUCAAAUCAGUGAGUGUGUGUUUGUCAGUGACUGAGUGUGUGUGUGUGUCUUUCAGUGGGUGUGUCUGUUUAGAUGACCAGCCCCCCUUUGAUCACAUAGGAAAUGAUUCCCCAUAGGAAAGCAUUGAGAAGCUAUUGCGCAUGCAUAAUCAGCAUCUCCUGAUAGAGAUGUGCUGAAGCAAUGCAUCUCUAUGGGAACAUUAAGGACCUUCCUGCAGAGCGUGGACACGCUGAACGUAGGUGCUGCACACUGUGCAGCACUAACCCAGGAAUCAACUGUAGUGGCCUUCUGAUUGAUUACCACAUGAGUUCUUACUAGGCAGUAAUGUAAACACUGAACACAGUGUUUACAUUAAAAAGUAUGCAGGGACAGGCUAUAGACACCAGAACGACUAAGCUUAAUGAAGUGGUCUGGGUGCCAGGUCCCUCUAGGAUUAACACAUUUUUUUUACAAACAUAGCAGUUUCAGAGAAACUGCUAUGUUUAUAAUAGGGUUAAUCCAGCCUCCAAAGCCUCUAGUGGCUGUCUCAUUGACAGCUGCUAGAGGCGCUUGCGUGAUUCUCACUGUGAAAAUCACAGUGAGAAGACGCAAGCGUCCAUAGGAAAGCAUUAUGAAUGCUUUCCUAUGAGACCGGCUCAAUGCGCGCGCAGCUCUUGCCGCGCGUGCGCAUUCAGCCGAAGGGGAGGAGGAGGAGAGCUCCCCGCCCGGCGCUGGAAAAAAAGGUAAGUUUUAACCCUUUCCUCUCCCCAGAACCGGGCAGGAGGGGGACCCUGAGGGUGGGGGCACCCUCAGGGCACUAUAGUUCCAGGAAAACGAGUAUGUUUUCCUGGCACUAUUGUGGUCCUUUAAGCUAUAGUUGUUCUGGUGGCUACAGUGUCCCUUUUAAGAAUGUUAUUUUUGUUGUUGAAAAUUAAGCUUUGUUAGUUUAAAAAAAAAAAACUCCUAUUUUUUUUGUUUAGCUGGCUCCUAGAUUCCAAACAAAUUUGUCUUGUCCUGCCCUGCAGUAAAGUAAGAAUGCUUUAAAAAAAAAAAAAAAAAAAUAGAAAACAAACUAAUAACAUUUCAAUCAGAUAACAAAAUUACAGAAUGAGUGAACAGGAGAAAAAUCACCCUUUGCCUUCAAAAUAGCAUAGUUUCUUUCAGGUACAUUUUGUGUUCAAAGUCAGGGAUUUUGCUGUUGUAUGAUCAGGCUAGUACAGGUUUACAUUGGAGUUACUAAAUGACCUCCAUUUGUCUAAAUAUACAUAGGGAUUAAGGAGAGCGCAGGUAACUUUUUUUCCUUUGGUUUUUAACUAUAUAUUGGGGCUGAUUUGUACUGUGGUCAUUGCUGCCGCCCAGGAGUGAUGGGAGUGAGUGCAGGACUUCUCUUUUUGUAUUUGUAUUCAAAAUUUUACAUUAUCUCCUCCCUUAACAUUUCAUCUUUGGGAUUUGCUUGCUUUUGCAGAUGUUGCCAUUGACCAAAAAGCACUGUAGAUUUUGCAUCUUACAUUUUUGUAAAAUAAUUUGAAAAUUAAAAAUGUGUGUUGCUUUGUGAAAUGUUGAAACAACAUCCUUUUAUAUUAAAUGUUGCUUAUUGAAUAAAAGCAGAUAAUAAAACUGCAUGUGGUUGGUGUUCAGUAUACACAUUCCUAUGUCUGUUUUAUAGUGAUCCUCCCAUCUGAUCAGAGAGGGCCUAUGGCUUCCAUGUAUGUCACUAAUGGCUGCGCAUGUGUAUUGUUCAAAAAGAUAAUUUGAAAAGUGGUGGAAAUACACUUCAAGGUUUUAUUAGAGUUGGAAGAAAACACAAUUCUAGAUUAAAUUUCACUGCUUUCUAUACAGAUUGCACACUGGAAAUCCCACUUCUCGUAAGUCAGUAAUUCACUGAGUUGCUCAUCUUGCAAACCUGGCUAAAAUUCAGACUGUAUGUUUUGGGAGUUGGAUUUUUGGACUGUGAUAAUAUUUUUUUUCUUCUUUCAUUUGUUUUAGACUCCAGGGAGAGUUGGCUCUCAGAACUCAGAGUCCGAAUCUUCUGCAACCCCUGGAAGCACCGUUAACAAUGAAAAUACUUCAGAGGUAACUUUGAACAUUUUUGAUGACAUUCAGGAUUUACUGUCAUUACCAAGCAUGCGGGAGGAAUGAUUUAUUGGCUGCAGCCUGAUUACAGUAACCAUUGUUUUUGUAUGAUAUUUUAGGAAAGGUUACUCAUUGUUUCUGUGUUUCACUGUUGUGUUUGAGGGCCACAUCCUGCCCCUAAAAUUAAACUAUAACUCUAUAUAGAAUCACGGAAAAAAUAUUCCUGAGUGUUUUGUGUGCUUCCAAAAGUAUGGCAGCUGCAGCAACAAGAAAAUGGGACUCUGACCUGUUUGCAAACUUGCCAACCAGUAUAGCUGCCUUUAGUGAUGGCUGCCAUAAUGCACCAUUGGAUUACAUUUUUUGUUUUGUUUUUAAAUACAAUUAUUAAUCCCGGCUUGGAGAUUUAUCUAGUAAAAGUAGAGUCUGAACAAACUCCCAAUGUAUAAUUUCUUAAAGAGGUCCGUGAAAUAGAUACCUCAUCUGUUUUAUUGGGUUUGUUAUUUUUAGUGGAGAUUGUAAAAAUGCUGCUUCUGAAAUGACCAAUACAUAGUCAUGAAAAUAUGGGGCUUGCAGAAUUAAGGCUGCUUGUGAGCUACUUAACUUUUUAAGGUUUCCCCCAAACAAAGUCUUGGUACAGACUUCAUCUUUACCAGGGAAUAACCAAGCUGAGGAUUCUCAUAGCAAGUUGAAGUGCAUUAUGGUUUUUGGCGUGUUUAACAGGCACCCAAACCACUUCAUAUCAAUGUGCAGUGCCCCUAUCUUUUUAGCCCUCAAUGUAAAACAUUGCUGUUUUGUAGAAAUCACAAUGUUUUCGUUGCAGGGUGAUACAUACUUCUAGAGGCUGUUUUCCUGACCGCCACUAGAGGCACUUGUGCUGUAAUUUCGGAGUCAGACUUGGUUAUUCAGUCAGUGCUUCUCAUAGAGAGCAUUUGAUUGGACGAGCGUUGCAUUCUGCAGCACAUCAUGUACCUCAUGCUUCCCUUAUGAGAAGCACUGGAUUGGGCGAGGACGUGGAAGAUGUCGGCAGUCUUCAAUCAAACUUUGAAAGGAACUAUACAUAUAUAUAUAUUUUUUUUUUAAAUGAAGUCUAUGUUAAAAAUGAUCUGAAUCCUGAAAGCUGAAUCAGCCAUAUACAGUCAUGGGAAAAAGAAAGUACACCUUCUUUGAACUGUAUGGUUUAACAUAUCAGGACAUAAUAACAAUUAUCUGUUCCUUAGCAGGUUUUAUAAUGACUUAUUAUACUAUGUCAUGAUUUAACAAAAAUAAAGCCAUAGUAAAGAAGCCAUGUGUGGGAAAACUGAGUACACCCUGUGAUUCAGUAUCUUGUAGAACCACCUUCAGCAGCAAUAACUUGAAGUAAUUGUUUUCUGUAUGACUUUACCAGUCUCACAUCGUUGUGGAGGAUUUUUUGCCCACUCUUCUUUACAACGUUGCUUCAGGUCAUUGAGGUACGCUGGCAUUUGUUUAUGCACAGCUCCCACCACAGCGUUUCAAUCGAGUUGAGGUCUGGACUUUGACUGGGACAUUGCAACACCUUGAUUCUUUUCUUUUUCAGCCAUUCUGUUGUAGAUUUGCUGGUGUGCUUGGGAUCAUUGUUUUGUUGCAUGACCCAAUUUCAGCCAAGCUUUAACUGUCAGAUUGCUUCACAUCUGACUCUAGAAUACUUUGGUAUACAGAGGAGUUCAUCGUCGAAUCAAUGACUGCAAGGUUCCCAGGUUCUGUGGCUGUAAACAAGCCAAAAUUAUCACCCCUCCACCACUGUGCUUGACUGUUGGUAUGAGGAGUUUGUGCUGAUGUGCUCUGUUUGGUUUUCGUCAAACAUGGCACAGUGCAUUAUGACCAAACAUCUCCACUUUGGUCUCGUCUGUCCAAAGGCAUUGUUUCUGAAGUCUUGUGGUUUGUUCAGAUGCAACUUUGCAAAUUUAAGCUUUGUUUUGGUAACCCUUCCAAACAAACCAUAUUUGUCCCGUCUUUUUCUAAUUGUACUGUCAUGAACGUUAAUAUUUAAUGUUUAACAUGCUAACAGAGGCCUGUAAAGCCUGAGAUGCAAGUCUUGGUGUUUUUGCAAUUUCUUUGAGCAUUGCAAGGUCUUACCUUGGAGUAAAUUUGCUGUUAUGUCCACACCAGGGAAGAUUGGCAGCUGUCUUCCUCUUUUGAAUAAUCUUAAUCACUGUAGCAUGAUGAACUUUAAAUUGUUUGGAAAUGGUGUUCUAAACCUCCCCAGUUUGAUGGGCAACAGCAAUUACUUUUCUAAGAUCAUUGCUGAUGUCUUUCCUCCUUGACAUUGAGGUGACACACACCUGAAUGCUCCAGACCACUAAUCUGCUAAACCUUUGGCUUUUAUAGAGGUGGAUACAUUUGCUGGUGAUCAAUUAAUCAAGAUCAUUUGAUGAGCAGCACCUGUCUGCUACUUAGUCUCUUAAUUCCUAUAGAAGCAGUAAGGGUGUACUUGGGUUUACACACAUGGCUUCUCAAUUUUGGCUUUAUUUUUGUUAAAUAAAUCAUGACCUGUGUUGUUCAUCUGAGAUUGUAUUUACCUAAUUUUAAGACCUGCUAAGAAACAGAUGAUUGUUAUUUUUUUCUGAUAUGUAAAACCAUGGAAUUCAAAGAGGGAAUACUUUAUUUUCCCCAUGACUGUACAUGCACCCUUGGUCAGACAGUAUUUUAUAACAGUUAGUCUCUGCGUUCUUCCCUGGUUCACUUCCUGCACAGAAGCAGGGAAGGCCAUAGAGACUAACUGACUAAAUGCGCUUGGAGGGGUUUAAUAGUCCCCUAAAAGAUUAUUACUGUUGUCUGGAUUAUAUGCUCCUUUUAAUUAAAUAAUCUAUUAUGCUCCUUUUAAUUAAAUAAUCUAUAAUGAAUGUGUUUAGAAAACCAUAGUAUUAUGUAUUGACUUACAUUUUAAAUCUGCUUUGAAUUUCCAUCAAUUCACAAUUUAGUUGCAUUAUAAUAAAAUACACAUGGAUACAUUUAGUAAACCUCCCCAAAACUUUGCUCCUGUAAUGUUAGGUUAAAAAGACACUAAGCAGUUUUGGUGCACAGAUCAUGUUCCUGCAGUCUCGCUGCUCAAUUCUGAGCCAUUAAGGAGUUAAAGGGACACUGUAGGCACCCAGACCACUUCAGCUCCUUGAAGUGGUCUGGGUGCUGUGUCCCUUUGCACUUAGUGCUGCAAUGUAACAGACUCUGCAGGAGCUUUCCAACGUCAGAUUUUUCCCCAUAGGAAAGUAAUGCGCGCUUGUCGCAGGACCGAGGGGGCGGAGCUUCAACCCAGCGCCGAGGGACAUCAGCACUAGAAUAAAUAAAGGGCUUUUAACCCUUUAUUUACUGGGUAGAAGGGGGAGGCAGAGGGAUCGGUAGUGCCAGGAAUACAGCUUUCUAUUCCUGGCACUACAGUAUCCCUUUAAAUUACUUUGUUUAUGCAGCCGUAGUCACACCUAACUGCUGGUAAUGUGCACACUAAACACUUGCUGUAAAGUCCUCUAUUGUUAGACUUCCUUUAGUGCACAUUCUGUUUACUUUAGAAUUUCUUACUUCCUGAUAAACAACUAAAGCAAGUUAACAUCUGAAAAUGAAACCAUUUUGUUUCCAUGCAGGUUGUGUCAGUCACAGCCACAGGAGGUAUUUAACUCUUAAAUGACAGAGAAUUAAGCAGUGACACUUCAGAGGCAUGAUCUAUACACCAAAGCCGAUAAUUAAUUAAUUAAUUUAUUAUUGUUGUUUAUUUUCUAUAGCAAGUCACCAUUAAAGGGACCUCAAUAACUUUAGCUUAAUGAAGCAGUUUUGGUGUAUAGAACAUGCCCCUGCAGCCUCACUGCUCAAUCCUCUGCCAUUUAGGAGUUAAAUCCCUUUGUUUAUGAACCCUAGUCACACCUCCCUGCAUGUGACUUGCACAGCCUUCCAUAAACACUUCCUGUAAAGAGAGCCCUAUUUAGGCUUUCUUUAUUGCAAGUUCUGUUUAAUUAAGAUUUUCUUAUCCCCUGCUAUGUUAAUAGCCUGAAAGAGCCUCCUGUGAUUAAAGUUCAAUUUAGAGACUGAGAUACAAUUAUUUAAGGUAAAUUACAUCUGUUUGAAAGUGAAACCAGUUUUUUUUUCAUGCAGGCUCUGUCAAUCAUAGCCAGGGGAGGUGUGGCUAGGGCUGCAUAUACAGAAACAAAGUGAUUUAACUCCUAAAUGUCAGUGAAUUGAGCAGUGAAAUUGCAGGGGAAUGAUCUAUACACUAAAACUGCUUUAUUUAGCUAAAGUAAUUUAGGUGAAUAUAGUGUUCCUUUAACUCUUUACUGACACUUUUGUUUCCAAAUUAUGGGUCCAAUUUUCUGAAGCUGAUUUCCUAUUGUAGAACCUUAAGUUAAAAGUAGAAUGUGCGAUUUUCCAAAUCCUAAAACAAAUGUCAUAUCCUAAUUAUUGCCCUUCUGACUUCUAUUUCGUAUUUGUUAUAACAUUCCACACAUGGAAGAUCUUCAUUACCACAGUAUUUUGGGCACAAAUUAGUUUUGUUGACCUAUCACAUCUAUAGUUUUUAGAUUAUUAUUAUUAUUUUUUAAUGUAUUUAUCUUUUUUGAAAGUUUAGUUUGUUUUUGCAAAUGUUCAGACAAAAUAGCUGAAUGUGGAAAAUAUCCUUUAUUUCUCUGAAAUUGUGAUUUAAAGUGAUAUAUGUCUGACUCAUUUCAACAGUUUUGGCAAAUUGUUUAGCUUUAGUAGUUCCGUACAAGAAUUUGCAGUAUGUUUGAAGACGGUUUUGAUUACCAUAACGUUAUUGGAUUUUCAUAGGGUAAGUGGGGAGGAAAUCAUUUACUUCAUAUUUUGCAUUCUCUUAUGAGCAGUGAGAGAAUUUAAUCUUGCUUAAUUGUGUAUAAAUAUUUUGGCAGGCUCUUAUUACAUAUUUUAGAUCAGACCUUAAGACAGUUGAAGAGUUGAACUUCUUUAGACGGGUACACGAACCAGAGAACUUUUGUUGGGCAUGAAACACCACCUGGUGCAAAACUUGGGUUGAGACACCAUAAAAUACUGUCUCUACUGUUUUCCAAAAUGAUAUUCUGAAACACAGCUGUAUUUAUAUGUUGUAGCUUAGUUCAUAUAUAUGAACACUGGUUCAUUGCUUAAUGAACAUAAACAAACCCCUCACAGCCUGUCUUUUGAACCUGUGAGCUACAUACAUGGUCUAUCAAUUAUUAUCUUAAUGUACUAGCGUAGCCACCACAGUGUCUCUUGUCAAUCUCUAUGCCUUACCUUUGAUUACAUUGAUUAAGAAAAUUGUAUACAGCAUUCCAAACAUGAUCUUUUUUGAGGAGACCAUCCCUUUUUUUUUCUACUGGAGUCUCAGGAGAUCUUUAUGAGGGUUCCAGAUCAUGCUUCUUAGCAUGGUUAUUCUAUCCUCACUCUUCUUCCGUUAUCAAACAAGUUACUGGAAGCAACCAUAUUGAGAUACAAUGGGCUCCUCAUACUUCAAAUCCACUUGCACAGUUUAAUGGUCUCAAUUUUAAAGGGACAGUCUAAGCAUCAAAAUCUCUUUCUAUAAUGCAUGGAUUAGUCAUAGGUUAUUGCAUAGAUGAUUCUCCGCAUUUAAAAAAAUAAAUAAAAAUGUUCUGUUUCCGAAAAACAGCACUGGCCUUUCUUUAUGAAAGCACAAGGUCUCUAAUGAUGGUCACUCAGUUAGCCUUUAGGGGUUUCAUGUUAAAUAGAUUUAAUACCUGAAUCUAUUUUCCGUCUGUCGUCCGCAUCCACAGUAUACUGAUGCUGGGUGUUUAUGCAGUGCUUCUGUCUUGAUUACUUUAGCUAGAGGGGAUCGGGCUGCAGUUAGCAGUCUGUUUCAGUGUUGGAUUACCCAUACGCUUUUGGUAAUUUGUAAACAUUUGGGAACAGAAAAAAAAAAAACAUCAUAUAUAAUGGAUAAAGAAAAUAUGCAAAACCACCUAAAUUAACAUUAAGAAAACUAUGGCCCUUUUAAAAUUUACAGGCAGUGCAUUUCCUGACCACUAGUCAACUAUAUAUUCCUUAAAGGAAGAUUUUAACCUUAAAAAGAAAUACAGAUGUGUGGUUUUUGUUUAGAUCACGAGUCUCUCCUUGCUUUAAAACAAAAUAAAGAAAUAAAUAAUAAAAACAAGUAGCAUCAAGUAACAAAACUUACACGGAAUCCAACAUCGAGACAGUCUUUUUGCUGCUGCCUGAUCUGACCACAGUGAGAUCAUCAGUCCACAUGAUUUCUGAUCCUGUCCAAUGAUUCUCAUAGAGAAGCAUAGGGGACCUAAAGAGCAUGCACAUCAUUCUCUGUAAUCUGCCAGUCCAGUGGUUAACCUAGAGAAACGUUGGGCUCUAUCACUCUGGGCGUGAUGAUGCCAAAUGCCAAGACCUUUGAAAAUGGAAGGUUUUAAAGAGGGAACACCUGCUGUAGCUGUCUUUCUCAUUGCUACUAUUGACAUGUUUUCAUCCAAAUGUAUUCAUUAAAAAAGGUUUAAAUUUGAGGAGCUUUCCCUUUAAGAAAAUGUUAAAUUAUGUAAUAUAUCUUUAAAUGUUUAUACAAACCCGUGCUGCUAUCCUCCAGUCCUCCCCUGUACAAAAGACUAAAGAGUUCAAUAUUUUGAAAGUAAGUUAGCGCACCAAUGCGUUGGAAUUUUUUUUAUCUAAAACUUAAUAAAACUAUGUUUCAAAUACUUUACCUUGUGUAACUAUUUGUAUCCUUUAGUAGUUACACUAGAAAGUUAUAGAUACAAUGUGAUCUGCAUCCCCAUUUCGCUUUCUAAAGUCUCCUUACCCCCUCAGAUAUUAGUACUAUCCGUUUAUAUUAGAGGUACCCACCUAUCUAUUGAUUCAUUUAAGGUUCUAUAAUUAAUACCACGAAUAUGAAAUUUUAAUUCUUUGGAGGUUCUCCUUUAUGGAGUGGGGACCACCCACAUUAAUGUGAGUGGUCAUUUCUACUCCAUUCCACUAUUUAUUUCUCUCAUUAUUUAGGGUACAAGCCCUUGAGUUCCUCCGUAACCUGCUAGGGGGCAUCAGUGCUCACUAGUUUAACACUGUAGCCUCUCCCUCUUUUAUACUUAAUAAAACUUAUGUGAGAAAGUCACUCCGCAAAAAUAUAGAUCAUGCAAGUAAAUCUGAUAUUGUCCUGAUACCUAUCAGAAUUAUAUGUGUAGAUACCUUUUUUAAAGUUUUAUUAAAGGGAUCCUAUAGUGCCAGGAAAACAAACCUGUUUGUCUUGGAGAGCCCCCCUCUCUCGGCGCUGAUGGGAUUAAAACCCCUUCAGCCACUUACUUUAAUCUAGCGCGCAGGGCUCCCUCGGUGCUGGUGUUCUCUCCUCCCCAGUCGAUGUCAGCUCCCGAGUGGAGCAGCAUGCACGGCCUGAAGCGCCCACGCAUUCAAACCCGCCCAAAGGAAAGCAUUACUCAAUGCUUUCCUAUGGGGAUCUUAUCUCCGUGUAAAUCGCAAAAGCAGACUCUAGUGGCUGUCAGGGAUACAGCCACUGGAGGCUGGAUUAAUCCUGCAGUGUAAACAGCAGUUUUUCUGAAACUGCUAUGUUUCCAGCUGCAGGGUUAAAACUAGGGGGCACUGGCUCAGAGACCACUAAAUUGAGCUCAAGUGGUCCGGGUGCCUAUAGUGGUCAGUUCCUCCCCCCGCCCCCAUAUUGGUGCGCUAACUCACUUUUAAAAUGUAUUCAUUGGUGUUUCUCAGAGAAAAGGGAUAUGCUCUUAGCACCAAAACAAUUUAAUUAUGUCCUAAACAUGCAACAUAUAGAUAUUUUAUUUUAUUAAAGCUUUGUGUGCUAUGGGAUAAUUGAACAUGCUUUAAAAGUUGUUGUUCCACAGGGAUUCAUCUGUCCGGUGUGUAUGGAUGUGUUUGUCACUGACGAUAAGCUCGCUGGACAUUACAAGAGUGAGCAUUCGGAGUCAGGAGCAAAGGGACAACAGCCAGCUGGUGACUCUGGUGAUGCGACUGUGGGUCCAUUAUUUCACUUGUAUCUGAAUGGAUUUGCUUUUUCUUGCUUUGGGAAAAAGGGGCUUUUAUUCUGUUCUCUUUAAUUCCCAAUUUAUGGAAAUGGCGCCCAUAGUAAAGUUACCCAUGAUUUCUAGGGGAAAAAAAGCAUAUGCUUGUUUUGAUUUAUCUUGUUACCUUUUUAUUUAAUUUGUUGUUUUUAAGCUUGGCUGCACAAUAAUGCAUAGUAAUUACUGUUUCCCCUCCAGAUUAGAGGCAGUGCACAGCAAUUGGGGAUACCCUCUGUCUGAACAAAAAAAGGCAGACAGGGACCUACAAAUUUCAAAGUUGAGCUCCUAAUACUCUUCUUCUCUAAGUUAUAAAACCGUAAUCUGCCUGAAUGUACCCAGUGACCUGCCUGCCUUUUGCAGAAUAAGAUAGGCUCUCACGUGCCUUGCCGGAUGUGGCAAUGGGGCCACAUCACCACAAGAAAAUGCACUUGUUGGGAGGUCCAGGCAGUGGAAUACACGCACAGGUAUUCAAGACCAUUUUUAAUCCAGAAGUGAGAACCCUGCCAGGAUUUGUGAAAAUCUUCAAAUUACCGGGAACUCAAAGUGAUUCGAUUGGCUCUUCUGCAUUUCAGAUCCCAUUUCCAGUUAUAUCAUGUUCAGAUGAGAACAAACAAUUCUACAGCAGGAAGGGACUUGUUUUCACUCCCUGGAAAACUUGUGCUCCAAAAAAAUGCUUUGGUUAGAACUCCACCUGCCCUCCCGGUGUUCAGUACACAUAAAAGGCUAAACAAUGAAGCAGACGCUUUAAGCAGAAAUUAUUGGAAGAAAGGAGAGUGGUCUCUCUCACAUCAGACAUUUCAGGAAAUUGUAGUGAGAUUCAGAAAUCUUUAUAUAGAUCUGAUGUUGUCAAGGUUGAACAGAAAAACUAGAAGGGUUGUCUCGAUCAACUCAUCAAAAAAUCUAGACUUUAUAGAUGCCCUUUCAACUGCCUCAUGUUUUUUCCCCCAAGUUGUGCUUAUUCAAAGAAUUUUACAAAAGUUUAUAUUAGACAAAGCAAGAAUUAUUGCAUUUCUCCACUUCUGGCCCUGAAGAAGCUUGUUUUCAAUGCUAGUAAAUCUGUCAAAGGUAGACUACUGACAUCUUCUGAUGUCAGUCAAAAUCUUGGAACAAAACCUAGUUCCUCGGCAGACUCUCAAGACCUUCAAGAUCUGAAUGCCAGAUCUUAAUUUCCAGAGGUCUAAGCCCAGAAGUCAUAGACAUUUUUGUUGCUGCCAAAAAUGAUUACACAUGUAUUGUGUACUCCAGAACCUGGAAAGAAAUUUUCAUCCAAGUGCCCUGAGAUUCACGAAGAUCCACUUUCAAUUCCAAAUAUCCAGAAAUUUCUUAAAUUGGACUUUCAGAAAGGUUUACAACCAGAAUCUCUAAACAUCUCCAGGUUCUUCAGAGCAGUAUCCAGGUUUCUUCUUUCUUUAUCAGAGAACUGGUACCUCACUAGGAUCUUAAUUUGGUCCUUUCAGCACUAUGUGAAGUUCCACAUGGAAGACAGAAGUCUUAACGUUCUUACAUGAUACACUGUAUUUUUGGUAGUCAUGACAUCUGCUAAAAGACUAGGAGAUCUUCAAGCUUUAGCAUUUGCUCUGUUUUUCAUAUGGAUAAAUUUAUCCUCAAGCUACACCCUUCAUUUCUUUGUAAGCUUUCUUCAACAACCAAUAUGCACCAAGAAAUCAUUCUAGCAGAAUUUUGUCAGAACCUCUAAGUAGCAGAUGUUUCAUGCCUCGAUUUCAAAUGGUUACAUGGUUAUUUGGAAAAAAAAACAGGCCUUUACAUCUUUCAGACAGGUUGUUUUUGAUGUAUCAGACGCAAAAGAAAGGUCUCAUAAAAGUAAAAUGCCAUUAGACCUCCAAAAGUAAGCACUAUAAAUUAGACGUGUAGGCUAAUACUGAAAAUAUAGAGAAUACUUUUUCUGGGUGCAAGGUACUACAGGCUGGUGUGAAAUGAUGUCUUCCUGCUCUUAUGGGAUUGCUUGUCUAUCCCCAGUUGUUGUGCACUGCCUCUAAUCUGGAGGGAAAAGAUUAAAUUUAACUUUAGGAUUAAAAUUUAAUCUUUAGGAUUAGAGGCAGUGUACGUAUAUCCCUCCCUAUUUAAUAAAUUAAUUUUUGAAGUUAAUUGGCUUUUGUAUUUUCUGGGAACAUUUAGGCAGAUUACUGUUUUAUAAUUUAGAGAGGAGGUCUAUUAGGAGGGACUUACCUUUUACACUUCUAGGUUUUUCCUGUCCAGACAGACGAUAUCCUGUUCUUGUGCACUGCCUCUAAUCCGAAGGAAAGAUUAUUUUACAUUAAGUAUAAUUUGAUCUUUUCAUGUUUUCUAUUGCUUUGUGGAUUCAUUUUUUUUUGUUACUUGUCAGCUAAUUUUCUUAUGUCUUUGCAUGUUGCGUAGACCAUGUCUGCAGAUAAAUAUAUAUUUUUCCACUCUGUGUGCACAAUAUUAAUCUGACCUUUACAUAUGUACCGAUAUGCGUUUUUGAACGUUAUAUCUUUAAUGUUUAUUUAAAUGCUAGAAAAAUGUAUUGUUUUUUUUUUUGCGAAAUGAAAAUUGUUCCAAUUUAAUGUAACUAGAAAGCAUAGAACUGAAAAUGUUGUAUAACCUAAAGCACUUUACAAGCAAAAGGUUACAGCUACAGUUGCCCGUGAGGAAAAAAACCUUGCCAUUUUGUAUAGCUUUAUAACUUCUCCCUUGUAUUUGAGAGGGUACUGUUUCCUGUCUACAUGGAUGCACGUUUUCCAUCAGUCGCUUUUCUGAGUGACACUCACAGGACAAGUGGGGUGAGCGUCUGUUCUUGUGGUGAACGUCUGCUUGAGGGGCAGAUGAGUUUGCUACCCUGGUCACCACCACUAGUUGGGACAUUGUAAACAGAAGUCAUAACUAAAUUGUAAUGUUUUUUCAAUUCGACUGUUUUGGCCUAAGAAUUGUGACAUUUAGUGUGAAUUCACUGUAAGUGCAUGGUAAUUCACACUUUAGUGUGUGUGUUUGUCUGCUUGACUUUUCCAUCUAUUUGGGUGUCUUUGAAGCAGAAAUUCAAAAGAAAUGAUUGAUCAUUCUCCACUGUAACUUUUGGAGACCAUAAUCGUGCCUGUGCAUUAUAAAUGGGGAUAUUCUGACCGGUUACCAUCAUAAUACUUACAUUUCUUUCUUUCUUUCUUUCUUUUUUAAAUGUGCUUUCAAUGUAUUUUUGUUAAAUGAAAGCAGCCACGACCCCAGUAUAGUGAUAAUCUUAUACAUCUAUGAGAAAAACUUUAUGAGCAUUAAAAGUAGGUGACCAUGGCCAGAUAUCCUAUAUCAAUUUGAGGGAAUCCAAGAAGCUCACAUUGAAGGAGACCUUACUUGCCAUGGAGUUUCUAAGCAGAUGCACCAGCUUGUACACCAUAGGUUCAUGAGCUGAAGACCAGGCUUUGGUGUGCCACAUUAAAGACGUAACAGCCUCAAUUCAUGUGAUUGACUUAACAGAGCUCAUAUUUCACUAGACCUGUUAGUUUGUACACUGAGGAAAGGUCAGAUUUAUACAGAUUUGAGCCUGUUUGAGUAUGUGUUCAAUAAAAAUAACUUCGCUAUUGAUUGGCAAACCCUUCAUGUAAAUUGGACACUGCAUGAAUAUGAUAUGUUUUGUGGAACUAGAUCCGUCCUAUGAUAUAUAUAUAUAUAUAUAUAUUUUUUUAAUUUAAAAAAAAUACUCCAGGAUAUAUUCUAUUUAUAACAAACAUUUCUCUAAAUUUACCCAACGUUUUAGAUAUGUUUUAACGCUCCACCUCCCUCGAAAUUCUGCAUUUAACUUUAGUAGUUGAUGCUUUUUAUGAGCCAGAAUACUAAAUAUUUUAGAAACCCAUAAUGCUUGACAGUAAAGAAGCCAGGCAUUGCCGUCCCCAUAGUACACAGACGUUUUGGCACCAUGUUCCGUUUUUAGUAAGUGCACAUGAUCUCACUGUGCCAAAUCUGACUAUGGCAAUGCUUAUGUUUACCUACAGGAUGUUUAAAUUUUUCACAAUAUUUUAUACUUUCAAUGUCGGACAAUAUGAAACUUUAUAAUCCAUCUCAAACCCAGUGUACCUGAGUGACAUCACUGCUUGAUGUGUGCAGUCCUUUUAAAAUGGUGUAUUAAUAAUUCAAACGUUUGACUUUAGUGCUGCAGUAUUCCCUUGCUUUUACCUUGAGUUACUGAACCAUAGUUUAUCUCUGCAUUACAAAUGGGUCUUUCUGGAAGAUCCAGCAAUGAAUGUGGAUAUUGAAAAAUUCCUCGCUUGGAUCUUCAUGUCUGUGCCUUAAAGGACCACUAUAGUGCCAGGAAAACAUACUCGUUUUCCUGGCACUAUACUUCCCUGAGGGUGCCCCCACCCUCAGGGUCCCCCUCCCACCCGGCUCUGGAAGGAGGAAAGGGUUUAAAACUUACCUUUUUCCAGUGCUGGGUGGGGAGCUCUCUGCCUCCGAUCCUCCCCGUCGGCUGAAUGCGCACGCGCGGCAGGAGCUGCGCACGCAUUCAGCUGGUCGCAUAGGAAAGCAUUAUCAAUGCUUUCCUAUGGACGCUUGCGUGCUCUCACUGUGAUUUUCACAGUGAGAAUCACGCAAGUGCCUCUAGCGGCUGUCAAUGAGACAGCCACUAUAGGCUUUGGGGGAAGGCUUAACCCAUUCAUAAACAUAGCAGUUUCUCUGAAACUGCUAUGUUUAUAAAAUAAUGGGUUAAGCCUAGCUGGACCUGGCACCCAGACCACUUCAUUAAGCUGAAGUGGUCUGGGUGCCUAGAGUGGUCCUUUAAGUUAAGUGUACAGUGAAUACCAUUUAAAAGAAACCCAUCUUCUUAAAUCACUGAAGUUUUUAUAAAUGCUACCUGUCUGUGGAGUUGUUUUCAGUAAAAACAAAUGUCUGGUGCAGAUCUGUUCCAUUUAACACAAUAUUUCUGCCUGCUGUGACAAUAACAUUUUGCAAAGCCUAUCUCCUCGAAUUUUUGCAUACAGCAGUUAUUAUGCAACCAUUAAAAGUCUUGAUUUUGGUACAGCAUCAAUUUACUAUCAUUAACGUCUAAUGGAGUUUGCAGUUGAAUUUUAGAUCCAGUAGGAACGUUUUAUUUUAUUUGUAUAGCCUUUCAUUUGUCCUCUGGCAUUGAUCCCUGGAAUAUUACUAAGUAGGUUUUAGGCAUAAACACCUUAAUUUGGUUUCCAAGAUCCUAAUGCAGUAUCAUAGCAAUAAUGUGUUUUAUAUGGAUUCAUUCUGUGAAUAAUUUACUGUUCAUGACCAUAUAAUUCAUUCUAAUUUGAUACCCAGUCAAGCUUUAUAAGCGCUCAAUGCUUGGUUUAUCGGUUGUAUUGAGUGUAAUCCUAUUAUAUGAAAGUGUAUAGUUAGAUAAUUAUGAACUUAGAGUUAUAUAAGUUGAUAUAAAAUGCUGUAUGCUGGCAUUCUCAAAGUAGAUAUAUGUUAGGGGUACCGAUUGUUGAGAUAGUAAAUAUAUAUAUAUAUAUUAAUACACAUUUUUUUUAGCAGUGGGAAUUUAUGAAUGUAUGAACAAGGCAGAAUAACAGUGUAUUCCAAUGAGCCUAACGUUUGGCAAAGUAUCAUGGCAGGCCAACUUCUAUAAUACAGAAUGGGAGAGUUAGCAGCGGCUUAUGAAUAUCCUUGGUUAGGAUCCAAACAAAUUAAAUUCCCUACAAUAUCCACUCACAACCAAAAAGAAGAAACUCUGGUCUGGGUUGUUCUAGCUGCUUACCCAUACCCAACAAGUGCUAGAAAUCCUAUUCACUACACCAUUUCAACUUCUAUAAUAGGUGAUGGUCAGCUUAGCACAAGCCAGCUACCACCUUGUAGAGGUUAAUCCCUGGGUUUGGCAGCUACAGCUAGAUUCUAUAGAUGGUGUAUGCGCAUGGGCAACCAUCCCUAUGGGGAUUUCACCAACGCUGGAUAUCCUCAUGAAGUGGAUAAGGAUGAUCAGCUUCAUUUAGACGACCUGGAGGUCAUUAAGAUCCAGGAAGGGCCUCUAGUGGCUUUCUGAUAGACAGCCACUAGAUGCAGUCUUAGUCCUGCAAGGUAAUUUACAUUGCAGGACUAAGUGGGACAGGGGAAUUACUCACAGACCACUUCAAUAAGCUGAAGUGGUCUGGGUGACUAUAGUGACUCUUUAAAUGCUUUCUUUUGAUUUUAUGUGAUUUGUAGGAUGAUUAAUUAGUAUUUAUUCAGUCUUAAUAUGUUUUUAAUCCAAAAUUAAUAUUUAAAACGAUACUCCAUGCGCUAUAACCACCUCAGCUUUGAAAAUUUCACUUUGAAAUUUUUAAAACUUUUAUUUAUUUAUUUUUGUCUUGCUUGCAUUUUUGAAGCAAAAACUAUUCCCUCUAGCUAGUAACUUAAUACAAAGAGAAGCUUCUCCCUGCUCAUUUAACUAUAAAGCACGCAUUGUCACACCAAGCAAUCAAGAUGCUAACUAACUGGAACUGUGACUCGGUUGCAUAACAGAGUGUGCUCUCCAUACUGCCUGAAGGAAUUGUUUUUGCAUAAAAAGCCAUACACGAGCUGUAGUGGGUUAUUUUGCUAAGAGUUUUUUUGUGCCAUCCCCGAUUUAAUAUCAUCAUUGCGAAGAAAUCCCUAUUUAUUCCCCUUAGUUCACCUUUAUUCAUUCGGUAGAUCUAACUACCGAACAAAGACCACCCUCCUGGCUCAUUCAUCUUCAAAGCAUUCGUCAAUUAACCCCUCUAUCUGUGCGGCCAGCGUUUGUACUACCGAACGCCACGUGGCUGAGAAAACCGCGGCCAUCUUUUUUCAGCCGAACAAAGGCAGCGGGACUUGGUCGUCGAGUGUCUGGAACUAAAAUCGGAACACCGGUCUCCAACAGACUAACGCUUGAACUAUAUUUCCCGACUAGCUAGAAGAGCGCUAUUCGGUACUUUUGUGCAUUCGACAGAGGGGAACAAUCGCUGCUGAGAGCCAGGGGGAUCCAUUCGGUACUUUAUUCAUUUUUUCCCCUUUACUGAAGUGAACGGCAAAACCACCCAAACUCAUGGAACUAUUUUGGGCAGCCGAACCACGGUUAGCCGGUCACAGAAGACGUCCACCUUUUUUGAGAACCCCUGAACCGAUCUGGGUGAAAUUUGAAUAUGUUGGUAACCCAGAUCGGGGCUAUCAGGGGACAUAUUAUUCGUGGGGAUACCUCAUGUAUAAAGGGGUGUUCCAGAUAUUGGGGAAAAUUGUGAUUUUUCUGCCUGGAGAUAAUCAAGUUAUUACUUUAUCAGACUUGAUUAUCUCCAGGACUAGGGGAGGGAAUUGUAUGUGUGUACUGGGUGUGUUUUAUGUUUUUACUUUAACGGAUUGGUUAAACUCUGUCCCUCCCUGUGGGAUGUCCACUUGCAUGGGGACUUGCAUAAAAGCCUGUGUGUAAUCAUUAAAGCUCAGUUCAGUUGUACCCUUCUUCUUGACUUCGGCUGAUGUUUGGGGAUUCGUGUGCUUUAUUAAGGGAAUUAUCUUAUGAAGCUUUUUGGAUUACUAUACAGUUCGUCUAUUUCAUCUACCGAACGGAGAGCUAUAUUCACUGGUGCUCUGGCGGUUCGGGAGGAAACUACCGAAUGAGGAUUACAUAUACCAGGUUUCCUUACAAUCAUGUUGAGGAAUAGUUUGACAUAAUUUAGAGCUCUUCUUUGCACCCAGAAUCUGCUCCCUUCUCAGUCCCAAUGAUAAAUCAGCCUUUACCCAUCCCCAGCACUCUCUGCCAAUUAGUGCCCUCCAAGUUUGACACAGUUGACUUUGAUAAUGCAAAGUUAUCAGUCCAAUCCUAGAAGAACACUCCUCAACUUUCUGAAAGGAUUUUAUAUGUGAACUGCGUAUUCCCAAUGUUUUAUAUUGUAGAAAUGCUUAUUUCAAAGAAAUCACUCCGCACUUUAUCAAUUCUAAGUUGCAUGGGAGGUUGUUAACUUACUCUUGUUAAAUGUGUGCUCUUAACGGAUGUGAGUUUCUCAUGAAGGAGAAUUUGCAUUCUAUUGUUGGAAUGUGAUUAUGCUAAUGUCACCCAGAUAUAGCUCUCUUCCCUUGAUCUCUUCCCCAUUACGUGUCACCGCUUGCCUUUCUUCCACCUUUGACUUUCUGAAACUCAAUCUCUCUAAAACCGAGCUUCUUAUUUUUCCUCCUUGUAAUGCUGAUUCUCCUCUCUCGCUCUCACUGCUGGUUGGUGGUAAUCGCUUCAGGCAGUCUACGCUCAUUUAAGAAUUCUCUCAAAAUCCAUCUUUUCAUAAAAGCUUAUUACCUCCCAGAGUAACUUCUAUUUUACAAACCUGUCUCUUUCUCUCUCCUAAAGGGCCACAUUCCUAUCUUACCUCAAGUUCUUCUACUUUCCCACCUUGUUUGUUUGCUGUCCCCUCGAUACACUUCCUAUUGUAUUUUUAUACCGCAGCUUCUCUAAACUGUAAGCUUGUUUGAUCAGGGUCUUCAUCAACCUAUUCUUCCUGUGACAGUUUGUAGUUGUCUCAUUUAUUGUUAAUUGUCCCCCUUUUUAUAAUGUAAAGAGCUGCUGAAUAAUUUGCCGCUAAAUAAAUACCAAUAAUAAGAUAAAUUGCAUAUAUCUUGUAAGAACUGAUGUUUCUUGGGGGGGCAUAGCGCAGUUGCGGUGAGUAUAACCUUUCACCUCUGGGUUAAAGCUGAUGGCAACUCUAAAUAUAAACAAAAUACAGAAUAAUUACCAUGACAAAAAUGUAUAUAGUGCCAACCUAUUCUGCAGCUCUGUGCAAUAGAUAAACCAAGACAAAUAAUUAUAAUAAUACACGAUUGACAUACGAGAAGAGUAGAUGAAGAGGGCCUAACCAAACAAACUUGCAAACUUAAAGAGUAACUAUAAAUGUACCCAUCACUAAUUCACACUAAAUGCCCCCCUACCCCAGGCAUUUUUGUCAAUACUAAUUGUAUUAUUUGUGAUCCCACGAGUACACAUUUAUUUGCUAAUACAUAUUGCAUUGCUAUAUUGGCUCAGAUGGUGAUCGUCACUUAUCUAUAUUUUGUUGUCCACGCAUUUGCUGGUAACUUAUUCUAUUCAUCAGAAUACAUUUAAAAUGUCCAUUUAUUUGCCUGAACCUGGGUUCGUCACCCACAAGUACAAAGCGAAUGUUCAUGAUACUUGUUUCUUUUUGUUUUGUGUUUUUGACGUACAAUGUUAAGCAUUUCAUGUUUUUUUUUUUUUUGUAUGAUGUAAUCCUUAAAUUUUCGAAGGGUGAUGGGUAUAUUCUCUUUCUCCUGCUUUCUAUCUGUAAGUUGAAUUUGUUUUCUGUUGACUUUCAUUAUAUGUAUAUAUACUUUGUCACCAAACUCAGUAUUUAUUUAUUUAACCUCCUCCUUUAGGGCUUCAUCUGUCCCCUGUGUAUGAAAUCCCACGCAACGGCUGAAGAACUUUUCCUACACUAUCAAGCUUCUCAUGAGCCAAGCAAUGACCCUGCACAUGGAGGAGAAGACCACGUAUCUCCAAAAAGGUGAGGAGCAGUUUAAAUUGUAUAAUACUGGGUGGGGAAAGCCUAGCUUCCAGGCUGAUCAGACGUGCAGAAACCAAGCUCCUGACCAAAAUUGCCUUUCUGGGGGAAAAACACCCCAAAAAUCAAGCACAUCCAUUGCCUGGAGAAAAACAUUCAAGGAGGGGAAACCCUUUGACACCCGACUCAUGCAUGUCACAAACCAGGUACCCUGCUAACCUCCCAACUCUAACCUCCUCCUCCCCCCCUGGACCAGUGAGGGAUUUCCCGGUCCACACAGGGUGCCUGAAACACACAAAGCUAAAGCCAAGAGGCCGUUGCAGGAAAACUUGGUGAGCCACGUGGUACCUCAAGAUGGCCGCCGCAUCGCAAUCACAGCGCAGCCCAGCAAACCAGACAGACCUGGAGGGAGGUCUUCGAAGCCCGGUUUAACGCUAUCUAUCAAGCCUUGUGGGACCGCAUUGCACAACGUGAACCCCUGCCUACCCCUCCCAAGAUGGGACCUACCUGCCAACCAGCAGCGGACACCUGUCCAUCUUCUGGGCUGGGAGCCCAACUGGAGGAAUCUCCAGGCUGCAGUCCAACUACCCGCAGGGAUGACCGCAAGCCGGAAAUACCGGGGACCCACGAUUCUGCCUCACGACGGAGGAGGAUCCAUGGACAGAGGGCGCCAGCUCCCUUAACAGCCCAGAGACGAAGGGACAGGGGACCUGUCACACAGCGCCUGCACGAUGAGCAGGGCAACCCACGCUCCCACACAUCGGAGAGGAGCACUGCUAAAGCUGACCGGGAACCAGACUCUCCACGGCGGCAUGCAAAAGGCAUUGGCUGGGGAUGGCUAAGCACACACUCACCAGCCCAUCUCCUGAAGACCAUCAACGGCCUGGACUCUGACAACUCUAGUGUGGACACUGUUACCUUGAGUAAAGUAUAGCAUACACAUGCUCACCCACACUUUUGAUGGAGAGAAUAACCUCUCACUGUAGCUUUGGCUUUAGAUGUAAUAUUAUUGUUUAUGCUGACGCCCAACCAGCUUGAGCUAAAUGUCUGAUUAUCACUACUCUACUCUAUAUAACACUAAGCUGCAUACAACAUGAAUAAUCUUAUAUACUCAUCAUUAAAAUGUGCAUGUAUCAUCACACCCCCCACUGUUAUAACUGUUUUAAAACUAAAGCAUGAGGAUUGCCUUUGGGGUACCCCGUGCAUGUUGUAUUUUCAUAUGCACAGCAAAAAUAAUUUAAAAAAAAAAAUAAUAUAAAAUCGUAUAAUACUGGAGAAGUUAUCUUAUAUUUCUAUGGUCAGAGAAGUAUUAUGAUCUCACAGCUCCGUAGGCAGGUUACUAGUUUGGGUCCCCAUUUUAUUCUUCACAUAGGAAUGGUUAAGCAACUUCAUGGAUUCUGAGUCUUUGUCUAACUACUGGGACCUUGGCAGCUGCCUAGUGUCACCUAGGUUAAUCCUGUUUCAUCUAUGGUUAUGUUUUUUUCUGUGCUCUCAAGGAUACAAUCACUUUUUAGUUUGUUUAAAAUUUGUUGCCUAAAAUUCAGGAAAGAAAUGCCCAUUUUGCACAAUUUGUGCUUACAGUAGGGCUUAAUGCAAUUGAUAUGAACACAUUACUGUAAACUGGUAUUUUCCUGUCGUAAGUGGCAGUACUGCAAACAAGUGGGUAGUCACCUCCUUAAGUGGAGAAGAAGCUAUAUAAUACUCUUCCAGACAGAUGUAAAAAGAAAACUUGCCACCAGUGUUUUGCUGAAUUCCGGGAAAAAUCAAAGCAUCAAGAGAUGCAAUCAUUUUUAAGUUGGUUCCAGGACAACUUAUCACAGACUUUCAAAUCCUUUAAAGACACGGUGAAGAAAGAUAGUGGGUCUGUUAAACGACAUGAGCCACACGAUAAAAAACGUAAAAGGCUGAAGUCUUCAUCACAUUCAGACGUCUCUUUGGGAGAAUGUUCCAGCUCUUCUUUAUCAGUAGUCUCUAGCUUAGACUCCAGUGUGGACCAAAGGUUUCCAGCAGAGGAAUUAAAGAGAUUUAUUGAGGAAGUGUCUGCUGUGUUUCAGGGUGUGGAACCCUCAAGCAGUAAGGUUGAAAGGCUUCCCCACACAUCCCAGAGUUCUGGAAUUUGCUUCAGAGAGAAUGGAAAAAGCCAGAGAGACAAGCUUUUAUUUCAAAGCAUUUUAAACAGAUCUUCAGGCUACAGACUGAAGAUACGUGGUAAGAUAUCCCUAAAGUGGAUAUACAGGUGGUAUAGUUGUCCAAGAAAACAACUAUUCCAAUAGGAGAAGUUUCGGGUCUAAAAGAACCCAUGGACAAGCGUGCGGAGACAUCCUGUAUUCGGGCAUACCAGGCUGCAGGCUACCAAUGCAAAUCUGCUAUUGCAAUGGCAGCGGUGAUUAAGGCCAAAAAUUUCUGGCCCCUGUCCUUAGAACAUAUGAUUAUGGAUAAUACAAAUAAGGACCUGUCUCAUUUAUUCGACCCCAUGCGGUUAUCAAAUGACUUCUUGCUGGAUUGCUGACGAGAUGUUAAAGCUGUCAGCCCGCACCAUGGAUUUAUCUUCGGUAGCCCGCAAGGCUUUAUGGCUGAGAACAAAAAAAAUUAUUUGGUUCUCCACUGGAAGAGAUCAUAAAGCAGAUUGCGGACACUAAAAAAGCUCUCCCACAAGAGCACAGGGUGUCUGGGGACAACAGAUACAGAAGGUUUCGAAACCGAGGUCAGAGGCCUUUUCAUGGCCAAGACAACUACAGAAAAGUUCGUAGACCUUUCAGACAUGUCAAAAGAGAGACCUUUAACAAACAAGAUAAGAAAAAGAGAUAUAGACGCCAGAAGAGUAGGGGGUUGACUCAAAUUCUUUGUUCCACAAUGGCAAGAAACAACUUCAAAUCAGUGGAUAUUGAAGACAAUAGCAGAGGGUUACAGGAUAAAAUUCUCCAAAGACCCUGGCCCGGAAUUUCUGGUAUCAACUUACCAAAUAAGAGAAAAGUUAGCAGCUCUUCUAUCAGCAGCCUUGACCCUGUUAAAGAAAGCUGUUAUAGAAAAGGUACCAAAAUGUCAAAAGUUCCAGGGAGUGUACUCUCGCCUUUUCCUGGUCCAAAACCCAGGCAAGACUUUCUGGCCUAUUCUGGACCUAAAGAGGACCAAUGCCUGUAUACCUUACUAGAGGUUUCAUAUGGAAAGCAUUUUAUCCGUCACACACAUUCUGCAGUGAAAGGAUUACAUGACAAAGCUAGACGUAAGGGAUGCUUAUCUCCAUCUGCCGAUGUCAGUGUCUUCAAGGAGAUAUCUCAGGUUUGCAGUAAAAGCUGGAAAAGGAAAACUUCUACAUUUCCAGUUCAAGGCACUACCUUUCGGCCUCUCAUCAGCCCCAUGUGUCUUCACAAAGCUCCUUCUUCCAUUAACGGAAGCACUAAGACUGAGAGGCAUCGCCAUCGUCCCUUACCUGGUUCCUAAAAGCAGAUUUAUUAGAACACCUAUGCAGGUGACCAUUCAGUUCUUGAAAAACCAUGGAUGGAUGGAUAAUCAAUUACGAGAAAUCUGAAAUGUGUUGUUCCACACACAUUCAGUUUCUAGGUCUUUGGGUGGAUUCAAGACUCCUUUCCAUUGCCCUACCAGUAGUGAAACUAAAAAGAAUCCGGAAGGAAGUUAUCAUUCUCCAGAGAAGAGUCUGCUGCUCCAUAAGAAAGGCUAUGAGCAUUUUAGGCAUUCUUUCCUCUACCAUUCCGCCUGUGAAAUGGGCAAGGUCAGAAAUCAGACCCUUACAGUGGAACAUCCUUUCCAAAUGGUCGAAAAGAGAGGAAGAUUUAGAUUCAGCAAUUAGUCUUUCAUACAGGGUAAAGACACAGGUGAAUUGGUGGAAAAAGUCAAGAUUUUUGAAAUCAGUCUAUCCUUCCAACAGAGAAAUUGGAUUGUCAUUACCACGGAUGCAUCUAUAACAGGCUGGGGGGCACAUCUAGGAUCCCAAUUUCAGGUGGGAAAAUGGUCUAAGGAAGAAUUUCAGAGAAAUGAAAGCUGUUUGCAACACCCUUUUAGCUUUCAAACCAGUCAUAAGCAAAAAGUCUGUGAGAAUUCAGUCAGACAAUGUCACAACUGUCACAUACCUAAACUGACAGGGUACGAAGGUGUUUUCUCUCCAGACACUAUGUUCAGAAAUCAUGGCUUGUUCUCAGGAAAAUCUAGAAUCAAUCUCGGCAACGUACAUCAAAGGAUCCAACAAUAUAAUCGCGGACGAUGUAAGCCGACAGUGUUGGACAAAGUCAGAAUGGUCUCUUCAACCACUCGUCUUUGCAAAGCUGGUCAAGCACAUUACAAAUCAGGCUACCUGAUUUGGUCUACCAGAUAUUGAUCCAAUGGCCACAAGAAGAAAUGCGAAGGUCCAAAAAUUUGCUUCCAUUCUGAGAGAAGAUCAUCCUUACGUCCUGGGCGGUAUUUCAAUACCAUGGAAGUUCAGAAUGGCGUAUAUUUUCCCUCCAGUAGCUUUGAUUCCCCGCAUUAUGCAGAAAAUAAGAUCAGACAGAGCAAAAGAUCAUGGCAAUUUUCACUUUUUGGCCAAACAGGAGCUGGUUUUCGGAGAUCGAUAGGAUGGCAAUAGCUUGUUGGGAACUCCCUUGUUCCAGCGUCCUUUUAGAGAACAAAGAUCUUCUGGUGGAGACCAUAAAGAUGUUUCGACUAACGGCAUGGUUGCUGCAAAGAUGAUCCUUAAAGACCAAGGCGUGUCUGAUAGUAUUAGUGAUAUUCUCCUGUCAUCUACUCGCAGAUCCACAAACAAGAUUUACCUCAGGAUCUGGCAGAAGUUCCUGUAUUGGUGUUCACCAAAGUGUUUAAUCCAUGUAUUCCAUGCAUCCAUUUCCUGCUACGAGAUUUGGCAUACAACAGGCUCAAUCGAAGUUUUUUUAAAGCUGUUUUUCUGAAACGUCCUCCAAGGCUUUCUUCUUUUCCCACAUGGGAUUUGUCAGUUGUUCUCAAGGCUAUGUGCAGUCCUCCCUUUGAACCUUUGGAUGCUAUACCUUUGAAGAUUUUAUCCAUGAAAACUGCAUUUUUGGUGGAAGUUACCUCGGUUAGGAGGGUUGGAGAAUUGCAAGCUCUAUCAAUUUCCUCUGAAUUUACAGUAUUCCACAAGAUAAAGUGGUUUUGCACCCGAAACCUUCUUUUCUGCCUAACGUUCUCUCCAGAUGAAACCUUAAUGAACCUAUCUACCUUCCUACUCCCUAUUCUACCUUCCUACUCCCAAGCUCAAUCAUCUGACUCUGAAAAGAAAUGGCACUGCCUGGAUGUUAAGAGGGUGUUGAAAGCUUAUCUCCUCCUCUCAGCUCAUCAUAGAAAAUCAGAGCAUCUGUUAAUCAAUUUGCAAGGUUCUUUUAAAGGCAAUGAGGAUUCUAUACAAACUAUCGCUAGAUGGCUGAUUGAAUCUAUCAAACUGGCUUAUGAGGUCAGUAAUCUCUCCCUUCCGUUCCCGAUCAAGGCUCACUCUACCAGAGCGAUGUCAACCUCAUGGGCUUGAGCGAUCUACGGCUUCACCAGAAGAUAUAUGAAAAGCUGCAACUUGGUCUUCACUGCAUACUUUUAUAAAACAUUACAGGCUGGAUAUGCUCUCUUCCUCGAAAGGUGCUCCAGGCAGUGGCCUAUUGAUUUCCGACCCAUUGCUUUCGUUCAGGGAUCUUGCUAUAUCCCACUUGUUUGCAGUCCUGCCACUUACGACAGGAAAAACAGUAAUUUUACUUACCGUAAAUUCUAUUUUCCUUAGUAGAGUGGCAAUACUGCAUGUUUCCUUCCCAUUGGAGAAUAAAUUAACUUUGCAGUUAAUUGGUCUCAAUAUGGUUAUUUGGAUAACUGGGGAUGUCUUGGAGGUAUGCCCUUUUAUAGGCAAGAAGGAGGGAAUUAAUUUAAUUAUUUUAAUUUGCAGAGCUUCUUGUCCACUUAAAUGACCACUAUAGGCACCCAGACCACUUCAGCUCAAUGAAGUGGUCUGGGUGCCAGGUCCAUCUAGGGUUAACCCUGCAGCUGUAAACAUAGCAGUUUCAGAGAAACUGCUAUGUUUACUUACAAAUGGGUUAAUCCAGCCUCUAGUGGCUGUCUCAUUGACAGCCGCUAGAGGUGCUUCCGUGCUUCUCACUGUGAUUUUUCACAGUGAGAAGACGCCAGCGUCCAUAGGAAAGCAUUGAGAAAUGGACUGACUGCGCAUGCGGCUCUUGCUGCGGAUGACGUCGGAAGAGGAAGGAGAGUUUCCCGUGCUGAGGGAGCCCGGCUCUGGAGAAAGGUAAGCGUUUAACCCCUUCUACACGGCGGGAGGAGGACCCAGAGGGUGGGGAGGACCCAAAGACCCUAUAGAGCCAGGAAAACAAGUAUGUUUUCCUGGCACUAUAGUGGUCCUUUAAGGAAAUGACUACUCACUUGUUUGCAGUACUGCCAAUCUACUAUGGAAAAUAGAAUUUACGGUUAGUAAAAUUACUGUUUUUGUUUUAUUUCAAUUUGUUGUUUAUAUUCUAGAACUGACAUUGCAUGAAUGUCUAGGCUAGUACAGCUACAGCAUGCUGUAGGAUUAAUUUAACCACUGCAGGUAUGAAUUCCACAACACACACGUCCUCAUUCUGCAAGUGCUGCACAGUUAAAGGAAUACUCUUAAGCACCAAAACAAAUUUUAGCUUCAUGAAGUGGUUUUGGUGUAUAGAUCAUGUUUCACGGGUCAAUUCCCUGCCAUUCAGGAGUUUAAUAGCUGGUGUUUCUGUUUAAUUCACACCUCCCCUGGCUGUAAUUCACCUUUUAAGUUCAACACACUGUGCAAUAAAGGAAGUUUAAAAAUUUGAUCUUUCUUUACAGCAAGUAUGUAUGGAGAAAGUGUAGGUCAUAUGCAGGGGAGGUGUGGCUACAGCUGAUAGAAAUCCUAAACAGCAGGGAAUUAGGCAUCAAGACUGCAAGUGUGUGCUCUAUACAUCAAAACCACAUUAUUACAUUGUUUUGGUGCCUAUAGUGUUGCAUUCUUUAUUUACCAUGGGAGUAUAACCACUGUUGUGAGCUAAGUUAUUUUGCUUAGAGUGCUGCUUUAAAGUGUACUUGUCACGGUACGCACAAGAUAGGAUUAACUUAAAUAGGAAUACAUUUCAUCAAUGCAUCGUGCUAGCAAAUGUAUAGAUUUAAUAUAAAUUAUGCCCUUCUCCCCCAUCUGUUUAUCAACUUUUGAUAUAGACUUCUCUAUGUCAGUGCCAAAGAAGUCUAUGACAAGAAUUUGCUGUACAGGAUAACAGGAUAUUCUAGUGGGAGUAUCCCUCUCGUACAGCAGUGCAUGGUGGGAGAAAUGUUCUGUAUGUUAAGUCCCCCAUGUAGUCGCCUACUGUACAACCCCUGUAAAGUCAGUAAGGAAACCCCUUGCAUGGGGAACCGCAUAAAUACUGGAGCUUGUGAAUAAAAUCGUCUGUUGACUCCCAGAACUGUGAGUUCGUCAGGUUACUGGGGGAUUUGGGAUAUUGCCUUCAUUUUCAGCGCUUUCCUUGGAUUACCUUCUGUACCAGCAGAGAUAUUGGGAUUUAAAUAUUGCAGCUCCGCUACAAUAUAUAUAUAUUUGUUUAAUAUUUGUAUAUUUGUUUAGUAAAUGCUCUAGAUAUUGUGCUAUAGAAUAAAUAUAUAUGCAGCCUGAUAAAUUAUAUAGCACAAUAUCUAUACAUAUCACGCAGACACCUGACCUUUUUACAUUUGCCUUGUUCUAUAUUCCAUGAGAAUGCAGAGUAGAGGACUUACGGUCAAUAUCUACUCAAGUAAACAAUAAUUAACAAUUCCCUUUUACAAAUGGUUUCUCAUGUGUUGUGGCCAGAACUUUAUCAUAGUGUUACAUACAGAAAUUGGAACAUGAUAUAUUUUGUCUUAUUCUUUUAUUUAAUUCCAGAGAUGAAGCCCUAUUGCUUCGACAGGAAGUUCAAGACUUGCAGGCUUCUCUUAAGGUUAGAACUUUUGAUUUGACCAUAGAUUUGUACCUCAUUUGCACAUUUCACUGCUUUAAAUCACCAUGGGAAAAGGAAAAAAAACAUGUUUUAUACUAAACCCAUUAUCCCUUUUAUUUUGGUCAUAGGAAGAGAAAUGGUAUGCAGAAGAGUUGAAGAAAGAGUUGGAAAGUGCUCAAGAGCAACUGAAGCAAGUAAUUCCCUUAAAGUAUUUAAUAUUGCUCUAAAGCAAAACAAAAAAUUAUUGAAACCACAUUCUCGCCUGUACUCGUUUAUUUCAGGUUUAAUGGCUAUUGACUUUGUUAAAUAGUAGUGUCUGUUUUAUCUUUAACUUUUAUUGUCCUGUAAUAUGAAGAGAUAUUUAAAAAACAUUUCCUUCACAUUCUGUUAGACUGUUCUUUUGCUGCCAACAUGAUGAGAGAUUGUUGGGGUCAAUUCAUGAAAGAAAGCACCCUACUCUUAUCCCUUGUAUCUUUCUGCCUCAGCCAGCAUCCCCAGUUAAUUCAUUUUAGUUCCACCUGGUGUGAGGACAAUUCUUUUUGACACCUCUUUUAAUAUGUAACUGCUCUCACCAUUUGAAAUCUAAUUUGUCCGACUAUUCAGAUAAUGUGAUGAAUUCUAGUCUUCAAAACCUAGCACAGAAGAGAAAAAUUCGGGACUGAGCAUAUACUUUUUUUUUUUUUUUUUAAAUCGCUGCUUUUAACGCACUUGAUCUGCUGAAUAUAUAAAAAUACUGCUUCUAACACAGUUUUAAGCUGACAUCAAGCAGUGAAGUCACCAGUGUGUGACUCCAUCAGAUCCACUGGGAGAUGUACAGCCAAAUAAAAUGGCGCGUACUGUAAUUUGAAAGGUAAAAAAUGUUAAUUUACCUAUAUACAUCACUAGCAUUGCUAUUUAGGUCAGAUUGGCAAUGGUAUGUCAAAUUAUCUUGAGAGAGAGAGAAAUAUUCAUCGGAAGCUUGCGUUACAUAACUUCUCUUUGUUUAUCUAUUAUGCAUUGGAUGAUUUAGCAUUUCUUUCCACUCUAAACCCCCCACAGUUUCCUUGAAAUACUUGUAUUCUCUUUAUACUUAAAAGAAUGUAACCUGAUAUGGGAUUGGCAUGGCAGCUCUUUCAAGAGGCACUAUAAGCACCAGAACCAGUGCAGCUUAAUGUAGUUGUUCUGGUGUUUAUAGCCUGUCCAUGCAGGCUUUUUAAUGUACACACUGCCUUUUCAGAAAAAAGGGCAGUGUUUGCAUGGCUGCCUAAAAUAUCCUCCAGUGACAGUCACGAAGAUGGCUACUAGAGCUGCUUCCUAGUUCAGUGCUGCAGUGUGUAGCACUGGCAUUCAGCAUCUCCACGCACUGCAUGAAGACACUGAACAUUCCCCAUAGAGAUGCAUUGAUUUAUUGCAUCUCUGUGAGGAGAUGCUGAUUGGUGCAGUGCAGCGUUUUGCUAUGAAUUCGCAAUAGUCUCCCAAUACUUUCCCGUGGAAAAGCAUUGGAGUGGCUGGGAUCAUCAAGACCAGCGUGGUGUGGGAGAAAAGAUGAGUGAAAACACCAUUUCAGCACAAUCAGAGUGGGGCUGUGGACCUAAACAGCCAUACCAGGACUAUAGCAUUCUUUAAAUGUUUGUGACACCCACCCACCCCUGAUUGAUAUUAAAUGAAGCUGUGAUAGCAAAAUGCUUGCAGAUCCCAUGAAGUAUCAAUCUUGCAUGUGGACAGUGUUUCAUUGUGUUUUCUUUUUUGUCUUUUGUCCAUUAGGUAUCUGUGCCAGAUGGGAUGACCACAGUUGCAGCUACAGGUGAUUUGCAUUCUGUGCUAUCAUUUGUCUUGUUUUUCAGCUAUUUCAUUACAUUAUAAUGGGAAACAGAUCAUGGAAAUGUUGGAAUUCCUUAAGUUAAUGGCAUUGGCGAGCAGUAAAUAUUUAUUGCAGCUCCAUACCAUUUCACGUGUCCUUGUGAAAUUCACAGCUUAUUUCAGCUUCCCGACCUAUAAAAGUUUCAUAAAAAUGUUCACCACAGGUAUUUAUUAGUUAAUAUGGAGCCUUGGCAAAAAUGCACUUUAAUAUAAUAAGAUAAUAAUUGUUCAUCUAAUAAUUACAUGUAGGUAAAUAGAUGUAUACUAGUGUUCAACAUUGAAAGUCUUACUCUGCGAGCCAACCUUACACAUUACAUGUCAAUGUAAGCUAUGAGGGUCCAUGGGUGAAUUUCUACUUGUUAGGGCUGAAUUUUGAGCCCUGCUAUUUUUCUCUAUAAAAUUUAUAGCUGUAUGCAAAUAUAUAUUUAUGUUUAAAGAAAAUAUUUCUCAUACAAUGCAAUUCUUCUUAUUCUGUAAGUUGAAGUUGUGUUAAUAUAAAGUAUGUGUUCUUUUUUGAAGGCCUAGUUAGACUAUUAGAAUAUUAAUUUUAGAUCAGGUCUUAAAUCUUUUGGACAACUGCUUGUGUGACCUUCAUUGCUUGCUAAUAUCACAGCAGUGUCAGUCAGUUACCAAUAUGGGCAGCCUGUGCUGUGAAAUGGUGUCUCUCUCUAGACAACUCAAGUUCUAAAACUGGACAGAAUUUCUGAAAACUAAACAUUUAAAUUAACAAUUACUAUGCUAAAUGCAGUAACAUAACUGCUUCUGGGACAUUUUGUGCAGUAAUAAUGUCUCUUUUUUUUUCUUAGCUUGAUUUGCUUAGGGUGUCCCCAUGUUAAGGUGACACUAUAGUCAUCAAAACAACUUUUUCUUAAAGAAGCCGUUUGGGUGCAUAGAUCAUGCCUCUGAAGUCUCACUACUCAAUUCUCUGCCAUUUAGGAGUAAAAUCCCUUUUUUUUCUGUUAAUGUAGUUACAGCCACACCUCCCCUGUCUGUGACUGACACAGCCUGCAUGAAAACAAAAUGGUUUCAUUUUCAAUCACAUGUAACUCACGUUAAAAUUUUGUAUUUCAUUCUCUGUAAAUUGAACUUUAAUUACUUAUUGGUGGCUACUGUAGGGUUUAGCAAGCUAUUAACAGAGCAGGAGAUAAAUUCUAAAUGAAACAGAAUUUACAAUAAAGGACGUGUAAACAUGAAAUUACUCUUUACAGGAUUGUUUAGGAAAACUGUGUAAGUCACAUGUAAGGAGGUUUGACUAGGGAUGCAUAAACAAAGGGAUUUAACUCCUAAAUGAGAGUUGAGCAAGGAGAAUCUAGGGGUAUGUUCUAUACACCAAAACUGCUCUCAUGGGUGGGAGCAGUCUUCUGUGCAAAUGGUAAAGGUUCAUUCUGUAAUGGCACGAGUGAGCAAAAGCUAUUUUGAGAGUGGGGAUUUAUUGAAAGGCAAGUUAUUGAGUCUUUUUAAGCUUUUGUCCGUUCUCAGAUUUCUCAUAUUCUCUGUUUUUGCUUCUGUAACUAAAGUAGACCUAGCUAAUGUAUAACAACAUUUUAUUGACAUUAAAAAUGAUUUAUUGCAUGCAAAUGCCAGAAUAUUGUGGAUGCUUCCUUCAUUUUAUUUACAUGCCUCAUUUUUAGGAAAUCUGUUCAUUUUAAAUUAGGAGAGUAUAUAAGGUGACAUUUGUCCAUUUUUCUUCCAGAGCUUCAGUCUUUAGAACAGCAGUUAGAAGAAGCACGGACGGAAAUCUUUAAUAUUAAGCAAAUGAAGGACUUGUUUGAGCAGAAAGCAGCCCAGCUGGCCACCGAAGUUGUUCGUGAGUAUUAUUUGUCUUUAUUCUUGCCGUACUACAUGAUGCAAUGCUUAUUUCAUCUCCAGCUGGGUUUUCUUGUCAAACCAGAGUUAAAAUCAGAAUAUGAUGAAGAAAAAGGUCACCUUGCAGCCGCAAAAGAGAAAGUUGAAUAUUUAAACCAGGAACUCGAGUCAAAGUCACGUUUAAUUGAAGACUUAAAGACAGAGUUGGUAAGUAGAUGUUUCCAGCAAAUCUUACACUUCUGAUAUCUUCUCUUUAGACCUUUUCACAUUUGUGAUAAACCCUCUGACCAAUUUGUAAGAUAAAAAAAAUGUGAUAGCUGCACUUUCAUAAUCUACAUAAUAUAUAAUGUCACAAUAAGUCACACUGGUAGGUAUCCUCAGUAAACCCAAUAAAAGGGAUACAGCAAGCACCAAAACAGCGUAAGCUUAAUGAAGCAGUUUUAGUAUAUAGACCAUACCACUGCAGUCUUAAUUAUCAGCCACUUACGAGUUAACAGUUUUGUUUCUGUCCAUGCUACCCUAGCCACACCUCCCCUGGUUGUGACUGACACAACCUGCAUGAAAAAAAUGGUUUCAUGUUCUAUGUUUAAACUUUAGAAGUUCUUAACUUUUGUUCUGUUAAUUGAACUUUAAUCACACAUAGGAGGCUCCCGAAGGCUCAAGCAGGCUAUUAACAGAGCAAGAGUUAAACAAUUCUAAAUUAAACAGACUGUGCAAUAAAGGAAGUUUAAACUUUCGAUCUCUCUUUACAGGAAAUGGGUAUGGACACUGUGUCGGUCUCAUGCAGGGGAGGUGUGGUUAGAGGUGCAUAAACAAUGAUUUAACUUGAAUGAAUGAGAAAUGAGCGGUGUAACUGCAGGAGCAUGCUCUGUACACCAGAACUGCCAAACUGCUACGUUAAGCUAAGUUGUUUUGAUGUCUAUAGUGUCCCUUUAAUAGUAAGAAUAUCCACAGAUGUCAAAAUAAAACUGCCCUUUUUUAAUUAGUUAACAAAUUUAAUCUUGCAUAAACACUCUGAGCAUAAUUACUAAAGCCUGAUGUACAAACCAACAUUUCUGCAUUUUGCUGUGCAAGGAAGACAUAAUGCAGUGCCUAAAUUGCCAUAUAGUUCAUAGCACCUAGAUCGCCCCCUAGAAAAUGUAGGUUUGUAAGAAUUAUUUUGUUAAAAUUUUACAAAUGUUGGCCUAUCAACUCAAAAUACGGGAAGCAUAUAAAAUGCUACAUGUUGAGGCAAGGAAAAUUUAUAGCGAUAGAUCCACUUUUAUUAUUUGAUCGUCUGUCUCAUUAUAAUUAUCUGUAUGUUGUUUUAUAGAUGUGAGAACUGAUUUAAUGAAAGCUUUAACUGAACCUGUUAUAAAAAAAAUUAACUUAUCUGAUAUCACUCCCAUAUACACUCAUUAUACCAUAUAUCACAAAGAUACAUAAUGUAUUCAAUGUAAAAUAUAAAGAUUUACUCACUUUUCCUCUGUUCCAGAUCCACUUUGUGCAUGGUACUUUUUGUGUAAAACCCACCUCCUGGGUGUCCUCUGCUCUGCCUGCACUUUUCCCAUUUGCAGAGCAAAUCUGUUAAGUGACAUCGACAUGCUGGCUUCAUUUCCAGCAUGCUGGUGUCAAAACAGAGUCUGUCCUAGUGCCGGCUAUGGAGUUUCCAUAGCAACCACUGUGGUUGCUAUGGGUGUAGAGCAGAGGGACCUCCUUUGGGAGGUCUUUUCUGUAUGCCAAUACAUUGACUGAGAGGUGGAAAAAAAAACAAAAAAAAAAAACAUUUUUGCAGAAGUUUAUCUCCUAAUCUAUACAUUUUCUAACAAUACUGCUAGCACAAUGUAGAGAUAAAAUAUUAUGCUCACUCUAAUGAGCAUAAGUUGUUCGGGGCACGACAGGUGCCCUUUAAUGUAUAUUGUUGUGUACUGUGGUUACAGAUAUAAAUACAUGUGUUUGAACCAUUACAGGGACACUUCAUGCUGGUGCUUUAUCCAUUACUUCUAAAUCCGUAUAUAAAUGAUGCAAUAAAGUAUGAGCAUCGUUCUUCAGUUUUCUGUUUAUACGUUGCUGUGCAGAGUUCUGUCAGUCAGUGUAGCUGUUUUAUUGGUACAUAAAAAAAGUGCAUGCUUUAUUUACCUUCGGAAUAUAACGAUGGCAGUGAGCUACGUUAUGUUGCAUAGUUAAAAGGGGAAAUACUUUUGGUUGGUUGGGAACGACCAUAAAAUAGUGAGCUUAUGGGAGAAUAAAUACCAUUAUUUAUUUUAAAGUAUAGAAAAUAAUGUGUGGAUGCCUUGAGUAUCCCUUUUAUAAGUAAGUGUAUGUAACAUAAAAUAUAAAUUGGAAAGAUGUUUGUCAAAACUUUUCUAGCCUUAUGUAUAGUUAUAGUCCUUCUGCUUCGCAGCUCCAGCGGCCUGGAAUUGAAGAUGUUGCUGUGUUGAAGAAAGAGCUUGUCCAGGUUCAGACGUUGAUGGACAAAACCACUCUAGAACGUGAGAAGGAAUCCGAGAAGCUAAAAGAUGAGUGUAAACAGCUGCAUGUGCAAAAUGCUAACUCAGAGGUAAACCAUCCACAUUGAGACUCCGUACGUGGGAAAUAACCAUUGAGAAGCAAAUUAAAAUACUAGGAAGCAUAAACGAACAGUAAACACACAGAGCAACAUUUUAUCAAUAAACCUUUAGUUUUAUGGUCAAAAUGUUGCUCGGUGGGUUGGGGCUCUAAUCAAGGGGGCAUUUUUAUACCGGGAACGCUAUACACUGGUUUUUCAUUUAGAUUAUUGUUGCAUGGUAGAGUAUGCAACUGUUGCACCCUUGGUUUAAAUUUGGUGGGUGCUCAUGGUUUUUUUUUUUUUUAUGUGAACUUUGUGCACAUUGUAUAUACACCUUGAGACAAUUGUUCUACUAGCUUUAGCUUUGAAAUGAGAGAUUUGCCUCACCGUACAGGCUGAAAAAAGGCACAGUGCACUUUUCUGACAUUCCUAGGGAUAGGACACUGAUUGGAUAGAUCAGUGUCCUCCCUGGAGUGGGUGUGGAAAAAAUAAUAGAAAGGAAGCAGGUAAAUAUGAAAAAAAGUGAAGAUGUGGCAUGGUUUAUAUACCAAAACUGCACAUGUGCAGUUGGAAGACCUUUUCCCCUUGCAACAUCUGACUUGGAGGAAAAGAGUGUGAUCAUGCAGAGCAUGCUUUGGUGAAGAGCUACUGUCUAUUGCUGCUGCACAAGAAUGCCCUGUGUGUAGUGGUUAUAUUGGAAUCUGUGUGCCAUCCCCUCUGUUUUCUGAUAAACCAUUUAGUCGCAGUGUGAAAAAAACAAAAAAAUCAAGUAUGGCCCUCUGGAGUAUCCAGAGGUUGCACCUAGCUCAGGUGCAUCAACAAUGUAGAAUGUACUACAUUUCGCCAUUAUUAGUGUCAGUUGUGUUCAUCAUAGAUGGUGGUGAUUGGAGGAGAUGGCAGUAAGCAAUUUACAGUUUCAGUCUGUUAAUGCACCUUAGGGGGGGAUACUCUCUAGAUCCCACAAAAAACCUCUUCAAAGUAUUUUUACCAAGUAUUUAGGAACUCUGGACAAAAUAAGUACUAUAUCUCAUUAAUGUGUGUUUGUGUGUAAUUUAAAAAAAAAUUUUUUUGGUACUUUCCUAUGAAUGUUAGGUUUUUUUUUUUUGGUUCCUUUAAAACAGACUUUCAUAUUUUCUUGUCUGCUGGUUAGGAGUCGUUUUGCCAUUUGCUCCACACUUCCUGUCAUGUCUCAAGAUGUGGUCUGGCCAGUAGAAGUGGAAGCUAAACAAAGUCACUGGGUUAUAUUCUUUGUCAGUCACAUACUGUGAAGGAUGGUCAAACUCCUUUAGUGUCACACACAAGGCAUACCAAGACUAGCUUGGGAAGGGCUGUAGUUUGCUUUUUUAAAGGAACACUAUAGUCACCUAAAUGACUUUAGCUAAAUAAAGCAGUUUUAGUGUAUAGAUCAUUCCCCUGCAAUUUCACUGCUCGGUUCACUGUCAUUUAGGAGUUAAAUCACUUUGUUUCUGUUUAUGCAGCCCUAGCCACACCUCCCCUGGCUAUGAUUGACAGAGCCUGCAUUGAAAAAAAACUGGUUUCACUUUCAAACAGAUGUAAUUUACCUUAAAUAAUUGUAUCUCAAUCUCUAAAUUGAACUUUAAUCACAUACAGGAGGCUCUUGCAGGGUCUAGCAAGCUAUUAACAUAGCAGGGGAUAAGAAAAUCUUAAUUAAACAGAACUUGCAAUAAAGAAAGCCUAAAUAGGGCUCUCUUUACAGGAAGUGUUUAUGGAAAGCUGUGCAAGUCACAUGCAGGGAGGUGUGACUAGGGUUCAUAAACAAAGGGAUUUAACUCCUAAAUGGCAUUUGAGCAGCGAGGCUGCAGGGGCAUGUUCUAUACACCAAAACUGCUUCAUUAAGUUAAAGUUGUUCAUGUGACUAUAGUGUCCCUUUAAUAGCUGAGCAAUACAAUUCAGUUAUCCAAGACUAAUAUUGACUGCAAGAAUACGAGUGUUUUGGUUUUAAGAAAUGUCUUUGUGCCAAUACACACUUUCCACCUACUAAACAUACAAGCAUUAUUUCUGUUAACAAAUACUUUUAUUAGAUUAUCUGUAUAUGAGUUUUCCUUAAGGCUCAGUACUGUUAGUAAAAUAAAAUUAUGGCCUAUACUGGGUCAAUGCAUUUAUUUACCUUUUGAAUAACUAUAUCCUUGCCCCCCACAGUACAGACAUUAACUGUUAACGUGUAUAUCAUUGUUGCAGUAGUCCAUUAAUCUGAUUAUAAACAUGUGCUGCCUUUCGGCAUGCAGUCAUUUUGUUCUAUUAAGGCCAUUCUUUCCAUACACAUGUUUGCUGGGGCAGUGAUCAAGCCUAAAGCAAAGUAUUAUGUGAUUAAAAUUAAUUAAAUGUUAUGUACAGCUGGCCUCCUGUUUACGAUUCCGCCCGCUACUUAAUACCUUAUGCAAUGUGUUCACACAUACCUAUUUUAAGAAGAGAGCAUACCAGCCAUAAUUUCAUAGAAGCAACACACUCUUUACCAGGCCCUAUUGAUUCUUUGACAACGGUGAACUUUACAGGCAAUAUCAUGUUAUAAAAGGGUUAAUUUAGACCACAUCAUAUUCCAGUCUACAGUUAAAUAUAAGUGAUAUCUACAAUAAAUAGAGGAAAUAUUUCAAAACCUGAGUGCAAAUUCCUUUUAUUACACGUCUGAGUUGUCAGUACAACAUGCAGAUCUUUAAUUUGUUGUGCCAUAUUGUGAUUAUUGAUUGUCCAGACAAUAGCCAGCAAUAUGAUUAAUGAUAUAACAAUUACGUUAUUUUGCCUUCUACGCUUUAUCUUUUACUAAUCAUAGUGGUAUUGUUUAGUUGUGAUGUGUAAUGGCUCGCUACCAUUUAUCUGUUUCCCAUCAUGCAUCCAUCAUCUUUUUCAUUCUUUUUUUUUGUCUGCUCACUAAAGGAGGUACUCCCAUUUGAGGUAAUGUUUUUUAAAAAGACUUCCAAUGCUUUGUUUGUUCACACACACAUAUCAGCUGGAAGAAUACAGACAGGGAAUUCUAUUCACUAUCAUCACAUCAUCUUCUAUGUUACAUUUUUAUUUUCACACUGAAACAGGCGUACGUAAGGCCAGUGAUAGCACACCUUGACAUCCCAGAUAUUAGCAAAUGUAAAGCUGGCAUCCUGAGAAAUUGGGUUCAGAAAUAUCUGGGGUGCCAAUGUAAGCCAUGCAUUAGUUAGAUUUAUGAACGUCAUGGGAAAAAUAUCGGCCUAUGCUCUGCGUUUGGAUUUGAUUGUGGUUUAAGUAUUGGCACUCUACCAGUCCUAGAGACUGAUGCAUCUUAAACACUUGGAUCAUCUAGCGUAAAAUACCUUCUAACUCUGAGUGUGCAGUUUAUGGUAUGAGCUACAGUGCAAUUGAUUACAAAUAAUGGGAAUUUUGGCAGAAUUUAAUCUGCACGUUUCAUCAGAAUUUCAGAUGUUUGUAGCACUAUGCUCUUCCCACCUGGAGUGAUUUAGAAUGCAUUAUAAACUAGUUCUGAUUGUUUUAUACAUAGAGGUAUCCCAAUCUGGUUGAUCCCAUUAGUGACAUAUUGCUUCCUGAAGUUAGGUAGUCUAUACAGUUGUCUAGACUAUUUUUCAAAAGAAGGGUCUCCGUGUGUAAAAGAUUCUGAUCCAAGACUAUUUGGUGACUAACAUCAUCUCCUGAUUGGCUGGAGACUGAUGCUGUCUACUCAAAUUCCCAUCCUGAUUAACCGUGUGACGCCCAAAAUGCAUAUGUGCCCCUAGUCUAGUUGUGAUUUUAAGUGUUGAAAGUACGGUACAUUUUGCUUUAUAUAAUGUGUUGCUUUUCUAUGUAUCAUGUUUAGGCUACUAUUAGCCAGUUAAAAGCUGAGCUUGCCAAAGGUCCCCAAGAGGUUGCAGUGUAUGUGCAAGAACUCCAGCAAUUGAAGAGUUCAAUGACAGAGUUAUCUCAGAAAAAUGAGGUAAGGCAGCAACCAUCUCUUCUAUUCAUCAUACAGCAAUCUGCAAUGUGGAUCAUGUACAUUUCUUAAUUGGAUGCUUUGUGUCGCAAAGAUACAUUCCAAAGUAUAAUUGACCAAUUAGUUUUUAUUCUUUGGAUUUAUGGAUAUAGAUUUUUAUAUAUAUAUAUAUAUAUAUAUAUAUAUAUAUAUAUAUAUACACACACACACUAGUUUAUUUGAAUUUUAUUACAUUGUUUAAAUAUUGUUAAACAAAUAUAAAUGUUAUAAUCUCGUUGUUUUCCAUCAACGUUGCAACAUUCCUCGAACCUGUCCAGUACACUGUGACACAAAUUAUAACUACUUUAGAAUCCAUUUUCUUUGUUCAGUUUACCGUCGUCAUUCACAAUAACUGUAAAGAAAAAAAAUAUUAUAUCCUCCCUCCACUAUUCUUACCGACUGCUACACUGUUUAAAUGUCUGAAAUUGAACUGCCACUUUGUUGUGUGUCCGUGUGUUUGUGUACCCACAUAUGUUCAUCAUAAACUGAAACGUUAAUCUUCAUGCAGCAAAUAUUAUGCAAAAUGUAAUCAUUUGUAAAGAGCUACAUCAAGCACCAUGACCACUUCAGUGACAUGCAAAGUUAAAGCACUUUGCUGCUGGAGGUGCAACUCCACCUCGGCAGGGUCAUUAGGAAUUUGGAAUUAGCCUGACUAUUGUUGAAUCUCUUUUUUUCAAUAUAAUACAACCUGAUGGGUUGGUGAUAUUUCUUUUUGUCAUCUGUAUAAUUUCAGUAAGUGUUCCUCUUUAUUUAAUUUACAGAGUUUACUAGAAAAGAUCUUAAAGAAAGAGUUAGAUUACACCAAGCUGGAGGAGAAGCACAAUGAAGAGUCCACAGCCAAGAAGAACCUGCAAGUUGCCCUGAACCAAAAGGAUGUGGAAUGUCAGCAGCUUCAAGCUCGGCUCUCUGCUGGGGAAGCUUCACUACAGACAGUCAGGACAGAGGUGGCUGAGAAAGUAGAAGCCAAUCAGAAACUGAAAGAGGAACUCUCUGAGGUAGAGACCAAACACCAGCAUCUGAAGGCCGAGUUCAAACAGAUUCAGCAGCAGCGAGAUGAGAAAGAGCAGCAUUGCCUGCAGCUGCAAAGCGAAAUAAAUCAGGUGACUAUUUGUAAUAGUUCAUUCAUCUUCAUUUAUCACUUUUUAAUGUCCUAUCACGUUGUUGUCUGUAAUUGUACUUUUACUAUUACAUUGUAAUAUAGUCUUCUAAACAAACUAUGGCAUCAGGUUUUAUUUUUACAAUGUACUAUGCAAGACUUUCUGGUAUGUCUAAUUGCAUGGGUCCUGCGGAAACCUUUUUAGUUUUUUUUGUAACCUCUCAUCUUCCAUCUGAUGUGGAAAGAGAAGUGAAAUGAUCAUGGGUCUCUGCUGGUUACUUGGGGAUCCUGUGCUACGAUGCAUAGUUCAUUCAUUCAUUCAUUCAUUCAAUUCCAAGGUCUGUCUGCAUGAGAACAGCCUAUAGGAUGUUCUCCAUCAGGGCUUCAGCAUUAUUAAGCAUGUGCGAGGUGUGCCUCAUCAUUAAAACCUGCAUCCUCACAGAAGAGCAGUUUGUCAGACGUUGGGAAAGGCAUCCAAGGCAAUUCCCAAAUAGAGGCAAAACAAGGAGGAAGCUUCAAGCCCAACAAAGGGGAGCUAAUGGCAGUGUUGUCUUAUCCCAAAUAACACUCUGAAAAAUAGACAUUUUUGCAAGUAUUCAUGUAACUAAUUAUAUUUGACUAAUGUUGGAAAAUGGGCAACAGGUUCACUUUAAAUGUUCAAGUGGGUUUUAUGCACUGGAAAUGUGGGUAAUUGAUAAAACAAUUGCACAUUUUAAUACAAAAUGAUUGAGCUAGAAAUGUAGCAUUUGAGCUUUAUGUAUGUAUUUAUUUGGCUUUAAAAGUUACAAUUCCAAAAUCACUUCUCCCUUUAUUUGCUCCUAUUUGCCAGUCUCUUGAAUAAUCUUGUGUGAUGGAGGAUGGCUUGUUAAAAUGUAAUCCAGUCUAUCUGGAGUUUUUGAUAAUGCUAUAUUUAUGAAAAAUACAGUUCCAUGUUAAUUGAGGGUAAUUCCAAUAAGAACGGUCUUCAUUGCUUACGUUUAAGGGUCACGGUAAGCAACAAAACAAUUUCAUGUCAGUGCAGUGGUUUUGGUCCCAAUUCCCUGGCAGCAUAAAGAAAAUCUGUUACUGAGAAAUGGCAAUGUUAAUAUUUUGCCUAAAUCACUCGCUGACAGACUGCUCUGUGUACCCAGUGCUUCUCUAUGAGAAGCACUGCAUUGAACAAAAGUCAUCAGAAAUUACUACUUCUUUAGAGGUGGAAUAUCUGCAGAUAGUUGUCUAUCCUCAGGCUGGAAUGAAAGUAAAUGUACUUUAUUUAUUAAGCAAGGGGCUCUACUUAUCUAGACUAGUAAAGGAAUACUUGAAUGUUAAAAACAAGUAAUACAGUUUUAACAUUAAAGUGUGUCUUUAAUUUUCCUUCUGCAGCAUAUGAAUCUAUACAGGAAGACUCAUCAAGGCAUCUUGUUUUGUGUGUGUGGGUGCGUGCGUGUGUGUGUGUUCAUGUGUGUAUUAAUUACAUAGUACACAUUCUAAUGCACUUUUUAUCUGUUCCUUACUAGAGGUUAUUGGCCUGUAUUUCAUCACAUACUAGAGGUUUUGGUUAUAGCCUUUUAGAGGGACGCUAUAGACCCCAAAACAACUUGAUCUAUUUGGUGUAUAGAUCAUAUCCCUAUUUGGUGUAGUCUCACUGCUCAAUUUUCUGUCAUUUGAGUUAAAUCGCUUUACUUAUACAGCCCUCGUCAAACCUCCCUGCAUGUGACUUGCACAGCCUUCCCAAACACAUCCUAAAAAAUAAUCUAGAUAUUUUAAGUUCCUUUAUUGCACAGUUUGUUUUAUCUAGAAUUUCCUAUAUUCUGCUCUGUUAAUAGCCUCCUUGACCCGGCAGGAGCCUCCUGUGUGUGACUAAAGGCCAACAGCGCAGGAGAUAAAAACUUCUAAAGAAAGUUAACAGCUGCUUGAAAAUGAAACCAUUGCUUUCUUGCAGGCUGUCUCAGUCACAGAAAAGGACGUGUGACUAAGGCUGCAUGGACAGAAACAAAAGUGAUUUAACUCCUAAAUGGCAGAGAAUUGAGCAGUGAGACUUCAGGGGAAUGAUCUAUACACAAACGGCCUAACUAAGCUAAAGUUGUUUUGAUGUGUCUAAUUUCCCUUUAAUGUAUACCUAACAGUGACUCACAUCAUAUGGUGUUUCAAUAAAAGCUGCUGAUAUUUCAGAUGACCUGAAGUAAUGUAGACUGUGUUAACAUGCUAAUCUUGCUGUAUAUGUGGUAAUCAGUAGAAAGUGCCUGGCAACUAACAUGACCCUUUCUGCUCUCAGCUUCACAGCAAGUUACUGGAGACAGAGCGCCAGCUAGGGGAAGCUCAUGGAAGGCUGAAAGAGCAGAGACAGCUGUCUGCUGAGAAGCUGAUGGACAAGGAACAGCAGGUGGCAGAUUUGCAGCUGAAGCUCUCACGUGCUGAGGAGCAGGUCUGUUUGUUUGCUCUCAGAUUAUAUUUGUAGCUACUGCUGAAUUCCAACACCUUUCACCUUGUGGAAAAUCUUUAACAUACGCGAUCAGCAUGUUCUAUUGACUGACUAAGGCAUAUUUUAAUGUAGCUUGCAAAAAAACUCCUACUUUUUCCCCUUUCGUAGUUUGUUUUUCUUUUGGGGGUGGGAGUUCAGGAAGUAGAUGUAGAGACAAUUUUGGGGUUCCGACUUACAGCUCUAAGAGUAGUUUGUUAUGCCUUCUGUAAUGUGUGAUAUUUCGUACAUUGAUUUGUUUAUAUUAACAAUUAACCCUUGAAGGCAUGGUUUGUAGUAAUAGAUUUUGAUACAGGGUCACGAGAAUUUAGGAUCUAUUCCAGUAUUCUUUGGUGCCACCUGUUGGAAGGCUAGAUCAUUCUUCUACAUUUAUUGCUGACCGAUAUGUUAAUUAGUUGAUGUUCAGAUUACGUUUUUUUGGGUUGCUAUUUAUCACUUUAAUUAUGCUUUUUAUUUUCCAUCCAAGCUUAAAGAAAAGACAACCACCUCUAGCGACCUGCAACACCAACUGGAAAAGAUAAGGCAACAGCAUCAAGAACAGCAGACCCUCCAGCAAAACACAACAUCCAAACUUAGGGAAGCACAGGUAUUUGUACAUGACCGUUAACAGUGGCAUUAACAUUAUGCCUUCAGUAGACUGCUGUGAUAUGCAAACUGCAGGUUCAUCAAUCAAUAUACAUAAAGCUAUCCGCCAUCCUGGAGACCGUAACUAGUCUGUGAAAUAAACAAUAAACACGAGAUAUAGAGCUAACUUGUUUAGCCCGAAUAUGUAAAUAAUUUGGAGUCUUUUUAAUAGACUGGAUUUUGUCUCACAGUAAAUAAAUUCUUGCUUAACCCCCUUACUGUAAUAGGGUGGGGGAGGGGAGUUGUAAAUCUAAUACAUGUUUAAAAACAAAUUCAUACUUGCCUUCAGAAGUCUUCUUUCUCUUUAACGCUUCUUUUAUUCAGAACAUAUAAACCCGACUCUUACAGAGGUUGACCAGUAACCUGUACCCCAAAGUAUUUUACAGGCCCCAUCCCCAUAGGAUGAGGCAUUUUCUAGCAAAUGGGUAACAAUAGCUGAUCAGUUGCUAGAUUUAAUGACUGUGAGCAACAUCUUAGCUGAGCACAUGAAAUUUAGCCUUGUGCUUAACCCCUUAAUGACCAAACUUCUGGAAUAAAAGGGAAUCUUGACAUGUCACACAUAAACUCCCUCUUCUCUUUGUAAGAGCCAUGAGGCAGGUUAGCUUACACUUUAAUGGGCAUUGAAGUGGCACAAAAAAACUCCAAUUAUUUAAAUAGCAAUAACAAUUUGGAAUAGCGCUCAAGUUAUUUAUUUAUUUUAUAUGUAUUUGGGCAAAGUACUAUUGCCAUUGCUGUCGCUGAAAAGUAGAGUUAGUUUGGGCAAAGGGCUAAAUGUUUGUUUUAACACAUUCAUAAAUCAAACAUGUCUUGAAGUUAGAAAUCAUUAUGAACCGAUAACUGUAUUCAACAUUUUUAGUUUUUAAUCACAUGGUUGUGAGAUUGAUAUGCCACGAUCGCAAGAUUAACGAACUGCAAACAUUAUGGAUAAAUGUUAACAGCCAGUUUGAUAACGUGGCAUUAUGCACAUUUUGGGAGCUGCGGACGGAACUAUAAAACCACCUACACUAGGGUAAUUUUGGUAUAUCUAUUGUUUAUUUUGUCAAAAGCAAAACUGUUUUCUGCUUGAUAAUUGUUUUGGUGCGGGUGUGGGGGGUUAUUUGUUAAAAAGGUCCAUCAGUGACUUAAACCCAUUUUGGUUGUUGAGUCGAGGAAAAAUUAUGCUAUUUAUAUGUUGAUAAACGCAAUCGCUUGAAGCAUACCUGCCACGGUACUUGCAAGUUUUUCUCAUUUAAAGGAAAUUUCUAUUUCAUCUAUACAUUAUAUUAGCAGAAUUCCUAGUUAAUGUAUAGAAUGGAAUAAAACUCUAUUUAAAUUUUUUUUCGCAAUCUGUUAAAUGACUUGAAGUCCACAUACAACUCUGCAGAAAAUUGAUUGUCGAGCGGGAUCAAGAGAACCCUCUUACAGACUUAGAAUUGUGCUUGCUGUAGUUACUCCAUAGUCAGCAUUACCUGUGCAGACUUUAGAAAUAUAGGAACGGAUUGAUUGAUGUCACCUUUCCAGAUGCUGUUGUCAUGGCAAUUAAUAAAGUGUCCCCAAGCCAGCAUGAGUGCUUUAGCUAUGAAUGUGUGAAAGGUCGCGAUAGGCAUAAAUGUUCCCAACACUGUGUGCAUGCCAUCCUAGUGCCAAUUAUGUACUUCAAAAUUCACCCGUGUGUUUAUUUCAGAAUGAUCUUGAGCAAGUAUUACGCCAAAUUGGGGAUAAAGACCAAAAGAUUCAGAACCUCGAGGCCUUACUAGAGAAGAGCAAAAAGAAUAUCUCUCUGCUGGAAAAAGAGCGGGAAGAUUUGUAUGCCAAAAUUCAAGCUGGGGAAGGAGAAACUGCUGUUCUGAACCAACUUCAAGAGAAAAAUCACGCGCUGCAUGAACAGGUAUCCCAUUUUGCAACUACAUAUGUUUUGUCUUCAUGAAUGAUCUGAUUUGUAGCUGCUUCCUACUAUCAUUUUGCUUAAUCUAGAGGUGUAAUCAUUACCGUGGGAAAAAUGGGGGGGGGGAAUGAAUUUUAAGAUUUAGGCCAAUUUUUAAACAUUCUACAAUUAAGAUGUGAUUUGGAGUGUAUUUUUACCUAUUACCUAUUUUACUUUAUUAACCCCUUAAGGACACAUGUCAUGUGUGACAUGUCAUGAUUCCCUUUUAUUCCAGAAGUUUGGUCCUUAAGGGGUUAAAGAACUCUUUGUCACUAAGUUGACUCUAGACCAAUGGGCAUGGUCCUACGUGGUCUUGUUUAUCUCUACAGAGCCAACCUGAUACUCCACCAGGAGAAGAUUGGAAGCAGGGGCUGCACCCUUAGUUGCUCAGCAGGACCCCAAGGGAAUUGUCAAACUGUAUGAAAAUAGUUUGACCUACUUAUUAUGGGGAUAGCACUCCUGACUUUCACAAUUAUGUUUUUAACACAAUCUUUAUAAGGUGUAAAUUAUCUACUAAUGCUGAGAUUUGAUUUGAACAGUGAAUGGUAAAUGCUUGCUCUGAAAUUCAUAAUUACAUAAACUAUUUAUGUCAGCUAACACAGCUCACAGAGAAGUUAAAGAACCAGUCAGAAAGUCACAAACAAGCUCAAGAAAACUUGCACGAGCAAAUGCAGGAGCAGAAAUCACAUCUUCGAGCAUCACAGGACCACGUACUGUCUCUGGAGACAACCAUUAGUGAGCUCAAUGGCCAACUGAACGAAAGUAAAGAGAAGAUGUCCCAGCUGGAUUUGCAGGUAUAGUUUCAUGUAUAUGUGUAUAAAUAUACACACACACAUUAGGAUGGUACAGUUUUUAAAAUAAUUCAGUCAUAGACGCUUAUCAGGAAACAUCUCAAAGCUGCAGUUAGUUGGACACUUUAGAAUGCUUCUAAUUUUUACAAUAAUAAUAAGCUUAGAUUUCUCAGUGUGCAUACCUCAUCUGAGUGCCACUAAGUGUCAUUCCACUCCCAACUUGGAUUACAUCCUGAAAGGGAAAUUUAGGAAAUAUUUUUACAAUAUGUGUUACAUGUAGUGAACAAAAUAACUUUACAGUAAAACAAUGCAAAUCUCACUACUCGUGAUCUUGCAGCUAAUGUUUUCAGUUGAAAUAAAGAAUAUCUUCUGACUACUGUGAAAUAAUUCCUGAACCGUUGUAAAAGCUUAUCACGGGCAGCCUUCCAUGCUUAUUUUAAUAUUCCUAAUCAGAUGAUAAAAAGAGAGACGUAGUAUGGUAACUUCAGUGGUAGAUGGAUAGCAAUGAGCGUUACAAGUGACAGUUGGAGGCAGACUAUUGGAACUGUUACAAUCGAUGACACAUUUUGCAUGUAUGUUCCAUGCAAGGACCCAGCUCAGCAGUCAAUGAACACUUCAAUGUCUAUGUGUAUUCACUAACCUCCAGGAUAACACAACUUUCUUGUCCAUUAAGUGCAAAUAAAUACUCUGGUUAGUCAAAUGUUUAAGAGCUUCAGCUUUUGCUGAAACUGUGUAAAGGAAAAUGUCAAUAUUUUUUUUUUAUUUAUUAAUUUUUAUCUCAUGUUUAAGUCAAAGAGUUGUUCUCAUAUGGAAAUUGUCUAAACAAUCUUGCAGCCUUUUUGUUUUAAAUGUCAUAACUACCAAUACCACCCGAUGAUAAAAUCCUCCGUAUUCCUAUCUCCAUUUAAUUCUAGAUCAAAGCGAAGACUGAACUUUUGUUGUCAGCAGAAGCAGCAAAAACAGCUCAGAGAGUAGAUCUCCAAAGCCACUUGGAUACAGCACAGAAUGCAUUGCAAGAUAAGCAACAGGUAAAGUGUCCUGGUCUAAUCACAAUCUAGAACGCAUAUAUUGUGCCUGAAUUUAUCACAAAGGUGAGAUGAUUGGCUAAAAUCAGGCAUGAUGCACUAAUAUUUCUAUGACCUUAAAAGGGACAUUCCUCAGUAUACAUAGUUUGUAUAUAUUAUAAAGAUAAUGGAUUAAAACACAAUGAAUAUACUUAUGAAAAAGGCUCUGUAGCAAAUUUAUGGAGCGACAUGGCUUAAUAAGCCAAUCGCUGUAACCCCUUCACUGGAAUAGGUUAUUAGUGUACAUGCAUAUUUAUAUGAUAUCACAUACUCCACAAUAACUGAUCACAUUCACCAAUUUCCUAUUUGCAUUUGUCUGUCUUUCUUGUCACGUUAGACAAAGCCUCGUAGUUUAUGUCAUUAUAAAGUCAUGUGUUUUUCCUCCUGAAGUGACACAAGGCUGUUGGGCUAAUCAGCAUGUUUUAUUUUAUUACAACAGUCUUGGCUCUUAUAUGGGGAUAAAAAAAGAAUUGUUUCUCUUUCAUACUGCAAAGUUUCUUUAUUUUUUUUGUUGUAGGAGUUAAAUAAAGUAAACACUCAGCUUGAACAAGUGACAUCAAAAUUACAGGACAAACAGGAAUACUGCGCUCAAAUGGAGUCAAAUCUCAAGGAAUCUAAAGAAAAACAUCUCAACCUAGAACAGAAGUCUGAAGCCUUAGAAGGGCAGCUUAAGGUCUGUUCAAAAUGCCAUUGUAGGAUAGUAAGCAAGAGAGAGCAAGUGGGCAAAGCUACUUUUGAAAAUAGUUCAAAUGACAUUAAUUCUGGCAGGCAUGUCUAUAAUAUUGCAAGUAAUAACAUGAAUUUUUAAUUAAAAAUUAUUAUAUAUAUAUUUUUUUAUAUAUUUUUUUUUAUAUAUUUCCAAUACCUAGAUAAAAGUUAGCAAUUAGUCACACUAUUGAAAAAUAAUUACCUGUACCAGAUGGCAAGCUGUAUUCUCUGUAAAUUGUCAGUGAUAGCAGCUUCUAUUAUUUUGUGGUACCUCCAGCCUACAUGUUGUGCUGAUAAUGCUUUAAACAAUUCUAUGCCAUUACCCGUCUCCCACAGUGCACCAGACACUGUACGGAUUUAUUGCUCAUUUUCAGCCUUUGAUAUUUUUUUUGGUGCAGAAAUGAGGAGAAUAGAGAGAAGUCAUUGGUGUCCUAAUUUUUUCUUUGUCAUGCAUUUAUAGAAAAGCAAACAAACAAACUGCUAGCAGUAUCACUAAUAACAAACACAACUACAUGAAGACACUUUUGUUUCAACUAUUAGUAUAUCAGCUUGAGGACUGCAUUAUUAAAGACCAUGUAACAUGUGAGACGUUGUGAGGUCUAGUGAUAAACACUGUGAAUGCAGUAUUUAUAGCAAUUUCAGAUUAUAGCCAGUAACAAUGCAUAUAAGACAUAAAGCAGGCUGAUGGAACAAGUUACCGUGUUUAUAAUGAUUGAUUACAGUUAUUAGCAUGAAUUUAGAUAUUAACUAUAGAAUUGUUUUUUGUUUUUUUUAUUUUGUAUUAUUAAACAGAAACUCGAAGCAGACCUGGCUAAUGUCAAAGCCAGUCGAGAGCAGACCAUGCAGGAGCUACAGCAACAAAAACAACAGAGCACGCAGUUGGAACUCAAAGUCACAGAGCUCUCCAAACAGCUGGAGGAUGAGAAGGGAUUGUAAGUCACUUGUUACUCCUCAUUGCUAAUGCUAGGCAUCUUGCAUAGAUAUCAUGUUUCAAUUUAUUUUCCCAUUCAUAAAGUAGUAUAAAUGUUGUCCAGCUGGUGUGGACCACUGGAUGUGCCUCCUUGCAUCCAAGCAAGCCAUUUCUUUUAUUUUUUUUUUAUUCUUAUAUGUAUUUGAUUUUAUUAGUGCUGCCCUCAUGUGGGCUGUUAAAGGAGCGCCGGUUAUAGCGAGAGAGAAGAAAUUAUGUCUCCUGUCCAUUAAGAGGCUCACAUAGUGUUCUGUGCAUUCCAGAAAGAAGAGCAGUGACAGGUCUGGAAGUGCAGAUUGUUUACUACAUGCAAUUAUCACUAGCGGUAUAGGGGGGAAAGUGAGAUGAGGGGCAUGAAAUUGGUUAAAGGGACUCAUAAAGCACUUCAGCUUGCUGACAAGCUUUAUGUGUGAAGAGUGUGUCCUCUUUAUUUAAUUUUUCAAACAGUGCAAGUUUCAAUAGAAAUUGACACUUUUAUAAAAAAAAACCUGGUUACACCCCCAUGACUUUCAAGCAGACAUGUCCUGUUACAUCCUGGUUUGUUUAGCUCAGUGGAGCUAAACCCAAGCGGCAGCAAUUGUCCAGAGCACCUUGUCUUGCAAAGACUUCUCAUUGAGCUGCAUUGGGUAGUCUGUUAUUAGACAUCAACAGAAAGGCUGGGAGGUAUUAGAAGGGGAUAGCUUGCAAAGGCAGAACUACAAUUUUUGCAAGCUGUUUUUAGAUAUACCCCAAUAAAAAUAAAUGCAUACAAGUUUGGGGUAUAUCUACUAAACUGUUUUUAUUUAUUUUGUAUUUGGGGAAGAGAAUUUCCCUUUAAGAGGGAGAAGUAAUGAAUGAGGAAAGGGAGAGUUGGGAAGUGAGAUUGACAGACUAUAAAUGAGAGCUGGAGAUAGGUAAUUGGUGCAAAUGAGGUUGAUGGUGUAGAUGAGUACUAAUGAAUGCAUUUUGGUUUGGUUCUAUAAUUGCCACAUAUGUUUGAAAUUACCAUAGACAAAACAGUAAUGUAACAUUUACCUAUUUAUUUGUUAUUUUACUCCUUUUGAAUAUUGUGUUAGUUAAAAUUUGAUAUCUCGUCAAAGCAUGUCUGUCCUUUAAAUAAAAGAAUGUAAUACGUACUGAGUGAGAAGAAUGUCAAUUAUGGUUUACACAAAACCGCAAAAAAAAAUAAAAAUAAAUCAUCUCUGGUCCCAAAUCAGUUAAUGCCCAGUGGUUAUAAUAUUCCUUUCAAUGUGUUGUAUUUCUACAGAGUAUGUAAAGCUAAGCAAGAGUUACAAAAGAAAUCCGACUCUCUGCAGCAAUCAAAAGAGGUGCUCACAAAGCACGAGGAAGAAACAAACAGCCUCAAGGAAAGGCUGGAGAAACUCAAGCAAGAUUUAGAGAAGACGACAAAGCGAAUGCAAGAUGCUGUAGCCAGUGGAGAGAAGGUCAGGCAGGAAAGAGACUCUUUACAGAAUGAGCUCACUGAUGCCAAAGGCAAGCUGGAAAAGAAUAGUGGUAUCUUAAAGGAGUCCAAGGACGAGCUUGAAAAAGAACGACAGCAGGGAAGGCAAAUGAUUCAGAACAUUGUGAGUGUCUUAAACCCCAAGAUAUGGAUUUGAUUGAUUUGUAUCAUGCUGUAUUCAUGGUUAAUGAUUUUCACGUUUGCGUUUGUUUCAUUGUCUUUUGUUGGUUUUGUGUUUUCCAUAACAAAAAUUCAGCUUGUCAACCUUAAAGUGGCACUGUGAGUAUUUCAUAAAGAUAGUCUUCGUGAAAUACUCAUAUUGAUUGUGUUGGAAUUUCCCUAAAGCUCCAACACAGUCAUGAGAUAUACUGAAUUAAAUUGGGGACUACUUUGUCUGAGUAUUUUUGCUACACCUGACACUUCUAGACAUUGGGAGGAGCUACCACCAUCUAGAAGUGUCAAUGCCCCCAGCCGUCACCAGUGACGGCUGAAAAGAAUUGGCUUUAUCUACGGAGAAUCCCGAUGUGUUGCACUUUUAUAAAUAAAAUACAUAAAUUAUGCAUACUAUACAUAAAUUAACACAUAAAUAAUGUCUUAUUCAGCUUCUAAAUUAAUUUAGAUAUGUAGUUGCAAACUGAAAAAGGUGUCUACAGUAAAUUCUAUAAAAAAAGUGUUUAAAGUCUUUAAAACAAACAGAAUUAUUACAGUCCUUAGAGCAGCUCUAUCUUCUCCCGUAUUCUUCCAUUUUAUUUAUUUUUUAAGUUGCACUACAGCGUCCCAUUGCAUAAUAAAAGCAUGUUGUAAAUGCUUAAAGGACCACUCUAGGCACCCAGACCACUUCAGCUUAAUGAAGUGGUCUGGGUGCCAGGUCCUUCUAGGGUUAACCCAUUUUUUUUUAUAAACAUAGCAGUUUCAGAGAAACUGCUAUGUUUAUGAAUGAGUUAAGCCUUCCCCCAAAGCCUCUAGCGGCUGUCUCAUUGACAGCCGCUAGAGGCGCUUGCGUGAUUCUCACUGUGAAAAUCACAGUAAGAGCACGCAAGCGUCCAUAGGAAAGCAUUGUAAAUGCUUUGCUAUGAGACCGGCUGAAUGCGCGCGCAGCCAGCCGAAUGGGCGGAGAGGAGGAGGAUCGGAGGAGGAGAGCUCCCCGCCCGGCGCUGGAAAAAGGUAAGUUUUAACCCCUUUCCUCUCCCCAGAGCUGGGCGGGAGGGGGACCCUGAGGGUGGGGGCACCCUCAGGGCACUAUAGUGCCAGGAAAACGAGUAUGUUUUCCUGGCACUAUAGUGGUCCUUUAAUGUGAUCUUCUGCCUCCCCAUAUUUUCUGAACUUUCAUAUAAACAUAACCCUAAUUCUUUGAAACUCCCACCGAUCAAUAUUUGGUUCAAAACUUAAAUUUGUUUUAGAAUUAUGUGUCAAUCUAGAAAGUUGUAUUUAGAUCUGUCUCAAGCUUUUACUCAUUCAUGCUUUAGGAGAAAUCACAUGAAGAAGUGAAAAAUAAACUCCAAACUCAGGCUGAAUCUGCAGCUAAGGAAGUAAAAGAACUCAAAACCACAUUGCAGAAAAAAGAGGAGGUAAUCUUAUUUAUUCUUUGUUUGGUGACUUUGCUGCCAGUGCUAUACAAGCUGUUGGCAUUAUUUUUUGUAAAUAGUAUUUACUGUAUAUACUUGUGUAUAAGUCGGGAAAUUUUAGUCAUAAACUUCAUUUUAAAACGCAGAGUCGUUUUAUCCACGGGUCAGUGCUAGUUUUGUACAUUGAAUGCGGGGCAAUGUCGACUCCCGAACGCCGUUAUCCUAACUGGUCGUCAAGUCGAACGGGCAGGGGUACAAGUUUCAGCGGGGUUUGCAGGCUUGUGUAGCCGAUUUAGAGACAUGCUGUUGACGUCCAUGUACCGCUGCCUGCGUUCGGAAGACAAGUUUGUUUAAACAUGUGCAUUUGUAUAUAUGAAUGGCGGCCACCCAGGGAAUGCUUGUUUGUGAUUACAAGGUGUUAACAAGGGGGAACCACACAGUCUGUUCGUUAACCGAACAGAAGGGGAACAAUUCCAUUCGAAUGCAGGGGGAUUUCAAUAAGGAAACACAUACCCUGGACCACGAGUCAUAGCAUAUUUCACAAUUGUUGGUCAAAAAACUGCAUUCGACUUAUAGACGAGAUCGACUUUUAGACUAGUAUAUACGGUAAUUAUCUGGAGUAUGAAUAACUAAAGAUGUGCUGUAUUAAAGGGGCAGUGUGUUCCAAACAGUAAGCUGUACCUUUAAAUGAAAUGGUUUUUUUUGUCAUAUCCUACAUGGUCAAAAUUUUAAGUAUAUGUUCUGACUCUUACUACAAUGAUGGAGUGUAAGUCCACUGUUUGCUUCCUAGUCUUCCUACCGUUUUCCGUCCUGCUAAGAUGGUAACUAUAGAGCAGUCCAAACCUCUUCUUUUUUUCUAAACCAUUUAUUUUAUUACCUACUAGUUUGAUGGUCUAGUUGACAAUAUGGUGUCAGAUCUAAAGGUAGGGUAAGCGGGGACUAAAUGUUCAAAAGUGGAAGAUAAAUUAUUGUGGUACUAUUGUUGUUUCUACACUGAGGUGUGGUAGAAAAGAGAAAUCAUUAAUUUAAAAAAGGUGUGACUCCAGUGAGACAAAGGACUUACUUAUUGAUUAAUUAUUUUUUUUUUUAUUCAAGAAAUGUUUUUAUUCACAUCAGUUUGCAUACAUUAGCAGUAGGAAAUGUGGACAUGUUUCAGUAUAGGCUGGUGUACAAUAUUAUUGCAGUAUUACAAUGCAGUAAAGUUAGUUGUGGUUGCAAUAAUGUAAUUACAGAACUGGAAAACAAAGCAUCAUUAAAAGUACACUACGGGGAUUGUAUUUAUUUGCAUACAUUUGUAGUUAGGAGUGUGAACGUAUUGCAGUAAAAUAUGGCACACGAUAACAUUGCAGGAGAAUAUUGCAUGAAGGUUGGACAUAUUUACAGAGAUGUGCUCAAUGAACUCAAAAAUAACGAAUAAAUAAAAUAUGUGGGACUAUCAGUGGUAACUUCAGGUACAUGCAUUAAUACUAGUUUAAAUACAUUAAAAUUAUGAAUGCAUACCUUAUAGACUUAAUAAUUGGUACUGAAUUGUGUGGGAUUUGGUAUGUAAGAAAUCUCAUGGUUGCAACAGUGCCUCAGGCCCAUCUGCUAUCCAAAUUAUAUAGGCUUGGGAAGAAAAUCCUAUUACGAGGGCUCAAUGCAGCGUAAUAAGUCAUAUAUGUGAAAUUUCAUGUUAGCCUUGGAAGCAUGCAUCAGCACACAGUGUAUCGCUUAUGUAUGACUGCCUCUGCACCUCCACUGUCCCAGUAGAGUCUCGGUAAAUUAAACAUGGCGCCUCCGUGGGCCCCCUCUAUCGCCGGCCAUUUCUCCUAAGCAUAGCCCAUACGGCCUCACGGCCACUGGUCCGCCGCAGUCCUCCACAGUCCAGCCCGGCCGGGGUCACAGCAACUGGGAGCAGCACCCUCCAGGCCUCCGGAUCUCCUAGAGGUUGAGGUCACUGCUGUCUGACAAAAGACAGCCCGGUACUCCUGAUGCUACUGCUUGAUGGCAAUCCCCUCGAUGCACCUGAGUGAUACGUGGGCAGUCUCCUGGGUGAGUGUGUUGAGUCGUUUUAUGCGCACCUUGGUAAGGCAAGAAGGGAGUUUUCACAGUGUGAGUAUUGCCUCCCAUGUUGUGGCUGGGUACAUACGGGCAGAGCUGCAUCCAACGUCGCACAAUUGCAGGCUGAAAACCAUAAACUUAUGCGUGGAAACUUGCAGUUUAAAUCAGGAAACAAGUGACCAGGAUAACCCCCCCGGACCAGGGGGGUGCGGGGCCGCAGUGUGGUCUCUCCGUUCGCCUUUUGCACAUUGGGAAAGACAGGCACUUCCAUAUUGUGAUUGUUCACGGAGCGUGUGCAGAGUAUUUCCAGGCUUAGCAAUAGGCCGCAGGUUCAUGCCAUCUAGUAGGCCCGAGCCUUCCGAUUACCCACAUUUGUGGGGUUUGCAGCCGCCGACUGGUCUCCUUGUAAUGCUGGCUAGUUUCUCUAUUUAGAUACAUUAUUUUGAGAGGCAGAUGGUCGGUUUGUGAGUGGUAAAUCAGUGUUUAUUUGGGCUCAGGACCGGAGCUGCAUGAGGUGGCUUCCUUUCAGCUCGACCUACUUAUUGAUUUUGAGUUAUAUUUAGGGUAUUUGCAUUAGUAAUUCAUAAUAAAACAUCAUUCCAAUUCAUUAGAGGUGAUGCAUUGACCAAUAUAUAUUUAUAGUAAAACCCGUUGUUUUGUCAAAUAUAUAGACUAAUUAAAAAGAUGUACAUAUUUCUUACAAUAAUGCCUUACCAGUGGUACAUGGAAAAUGUCUGCUCCUUGGUGUUGGUAGGUCUAAGUUGCACAUCUCACUCAUUCUGUGAUAUUUUACUUGCAUUUUGGUUUAUAUUGCAUGCUUUUAUACAUAUGUUUUAUACUCCGUAUUAUAUUUAUAAAACAAAUAUUUCAAUUAGAGAAGUUCAAAUAUAUAUGUAAAAUACUCCAGACACUGCUAGUUCUUCCUUUCUGCUCUUCAAUAACAAGAGCCGAUAGAGUACAAAAAUAUAUAUUUUAAAUUUAUUAAAAACUGGCACUUUUAAAUACAAGCUGUGUAUUCAAGUGAGCUUCUUGUGUCUAUGGCUGAGUGAGUAUUCAGCUUUUAUUAGACUCCUGGUCACUGAUGACCACAUGCACAGGGAAGAGAAAAAUACAUGGCAGUACAGAUUCAUAAAGGGUGACUUACUAGACUCUGUCAAAGUAAAUAAGAUAAAUGUAUAAAUAUAUAUUAACCUCCCUGGCAGUAAUUCUGAGCAUGGCUCGAGGUAAAAUUUCAGUACCAAAAGUGGUAACCCCGAGCCAUGCUCGGGAUUACACUGUAGUAUCCAUUACCUUGUCCCUACGAGCCCCUGGUGUCCUCCCGCUGUGUCCAAUGCCGGCAUCCGUUUUUUGGGUUCCCUUUCCCCGCGAGCAUCACCUGGUGGAACCAGGCAGUAAAUAAAAAUAAGAAAACACACAAACUACACAGUGUAAAGACAAUGUACCGCUUUAAUAUUAAAAAAUACUGAGAUAAUUAGACAGCCAGGGAGGUUAAACGUUUUUUUAUAUGUAUACAUCUACAUGUGUACUUUAGUUCACUUUUCUGUUUUUUUUAUUUUUGUUUUUUUGUACUUUGCCCUCUUUUUACUUGAAAGGAAUCCUCCAACUUGAAGGCUGAGCUUGAGAAGGCACGUGGCUAUGUUGCCAAACUCCACAGUUCAAUCAAAGAGAAAGAAAAGCUUGAACAAGAACUCAAGAGCAACUUGAAAAAGAUCCAGGAUUCCUCUGAACAAGAUAAAAAACUUCAGAAAACCGAGAUCGAAGCACUAACUGCAAAAUUAGCACAAAAGGUAACGAUACUGGAGAGAUAAUAUGGAUUGUUAGACACUGCAGAUUGAUUGUGUAUUUGUCUCCCAUCAGUUUCUUAAUAUAACCUACACGUUCUCAGGAUCCAUAGUAAGAAACCACUAUAGGUUCACAUGUAAACGGUCAUAAUUUUCAAUUAAUAGCGAAGUAUUUUUGGGAUAAUGAGGAAGUUGUAUAAAAUUCUCUGGUGGAAAAUGAGACUGUCUGCAGAAACAUCCUUGGUUUCUAUGGUGAAAUCAAUUUACCCAACUAUAACUUUGCACAACUGCUGCCUUUUAUGCAUAACUCCAAAUGUGCAUAUAGCUUUAAAAGGUUACUCCCUUUUUGCAGUCACUUGUCUCCCCUUACCCCCUUCCUCCUCCAUGUUUUUAAAAUUAGAAACCUUUAAUAUAAUGUAACAUUUAUCUGGAAUCCAGCCUAGCCUACUUUGACGUCACCCUGGGAUGGUUGUGAAAAUAGCCAGUGAUUUGGACUCUGUGCAUGUGCCUACUUUUUACUGGUUACUGUUGCAGCCUGUGUGCAAGACAAGAAGCUUCUUUGUGUGCGUACUGACGAUGGGUGUUUUUUUUUGUUUAUAUUGUUUUUAUUUUUAUGCAGAGGACUCAAGGACUCAUGAGUCAGUCUAGAACAGAUUUCUGGGCUGACUUCCUGGCUGGGUCACUUGUGCCAGAUGUAUGACUACGCUCUAAUGCAAAAUUUACAAAUGUUUUCAUAUAGGCAGCAUUUUAAGCGGAAAUACUGCACAUACAGAGUGCUUUCACCUUGACAGCUUUAAUAAGUGUGCAUAAUCAUAUCAAUAUAUCUGUUUAAAAUCUAUAUCUUUUUUUUUAUUUUUUUUGUCUGUAAUCAUUUAAGUUGUUUGGAGAACACUGUUAAUACUGUUUACACUAUUCAUAAAACAACUCAUGGGUUAAAGGGACACUGUAGGCACCCAGACCACUUCAGCUCAUUAAAGUGGUCUGGGUGCUGUGUCCCUAUUGCACUUAGUGCUGCAAUGUAAAACAUUGCAAUUCCAGAGAAACUGCAAUGUUUACUUUGCUGCACUAAGUCUGCCUCCAUUGGCUGUCUAUCAGACAGCAACUAAAGAUGCUUGCUGGAUGUUAAUGGUCUUUUGGUCUGGAAACUGACGCUGGACAUCUUCACGCUUUGCAUGAGGACAUCCAGCAUUGGCUUUUUUUUUUUGCCAUAGGAAAGCAUUGAUUCAAUGCUUUCCUAUCAUGAUGCCUAAUGCGCGCACUGCACUCGGCGUGGGACUUCUGAGGAGGCGGAGCCAUGAUCCAGCGCCAAGGGACAUUAACGCUGGGAUCAGGUAAAUAAAUAAAGGGUUUUUAACCCUUUAUUCACCGGGGCGAGCAGAGCGGAGCUAUAGUGCUUUUCUGGUACUAUAGUAUCCCUUUAACAUAAAACUUUUAUCUUGAAAGCUAGAACAACAAAAAAAGAUAAUUUGGACAAGAAAGUGACAGAAUUAGUUGUAGUUAAUCCUAGCCACUCACCCUUUUAAUUUAUAAAUACCCAUUUUUUUUUUAAAAUCUGACAUAUCUGGGAUUAAUAUUUUUUUGUAACUUUUUUUAUAAUUCAUUAAUUAAAAUUAGGUAAAAAAAAUCCAACCUGAUUUAAGUCAUUAUAUAAUUCAAUCUGUGAGAUGACUAGCUGUAUUAAAAGUUACAUGUGCUUUGUGAGAUUUGUUUUGUUUUUUUGCUUUCAGGUAGAAGAAGAGGGAGUAUUACAGCAACAAAUAAUUUCUGUGAAGAGUGAUCUGGAUACUGAGAAGAAAAAGCUUUCUGAUCUGGAGAAAGCUAAUGGAGCCUUGCAAGAAAAAUUCAAUUUGUUGCAGUCAGAUAUGUAUGGGAAGGAGUCUGAAGUGUCCGCAAUACAGCAGGAUCUGAAAGUAAGAUUUGGAAUUUGUUUUUGUUUACUUGAGUGAAAGGGAAGGAUUAUAUUGCUAUAGCAGUGAAUGUUCUGGCUAGAGGUUUGCAUGUAAAAGCCUACAUUUUGCCAUUUAGUUUUCAGUUCACUACAAUUUGAAGUUUGGUGAAUAACCUGUUUUUCGUUCCCAAGAAAGUUAAGAACUCCCAUCCAUCCAGGUUUGGAAUUAAAGUUCCUGAACAAAUUCUUUAGGGUUUCCCAACAUUUUACCUCCUUAAUCCAGAGGGACAAUUAGCAACUCCUGUAAAUUUCUGAAAUAUGUAGCCCCAAAUCCAUCCAGAUCAAUGCUGGUUUCUGUGUGACUUUUUAACAGUUCUAUAUGCUUUACAUUUUCAUACAGGAUGUGCCUUGUGUCUUCUGUUUCAUUAAAAGUAUACUACUAAGCAUAUACUUGAGUUACAUAGAGAGAACAUUAAAUGAAAAGAGUGUAAAUUGUGCAAAAAAAACAACCCAUAUUUAUUUUCCACUACUGAAGCCAACUCAAACAACUAAGAUUGAAGUUUAUUUAUUGCCUAACUUUUUAUUUCUGUAAUAAAUACAUUUUCGUUGGAUUACAGUCUGCAGAAGAAAAGCUUGUCCUGGCACAAGAAGAACUGAAGUCUAAUAGGAAUGAAAUAAACAGGCAGAAUAACGUGGUCCAGGAACUUACCACUUUGAAGGCUACCAUGGAGCAGGACAUAGCUAAAAAAACAAGCCAAGUGAAACAGCAGGAAAAGACCCUGAAAGAAUUACAAGAACAGAAGGUAUGUUAUGGAGGAGCUCUGUCCAAUGUUAAGUUUUGGAAUGCUACUAAACAACACAGCGUAAACUCUUCACUGUGCUGUCCAAAACCGCAUGAUUUCCUAAUGCAGGCGCACUAGUUUACAUUCCAAAAUUUAAUGUAUAGUGACAAACGACCAUGGAUUUGAAGGUAAACUUAAUUUUGGGCCAAAUGGGAAAAAUAAUCAACUGUAUUCUAAUUUCCUAGCUAGUUCAAAGUAAAUGAAAACCCGAAGAAUAAAUGCACGUGGAAAGGAACACGUUCUUGGCUGUUUUUUUUGGUACAGAGUUUUAAAGAUUUAUAAUUUAAAAAAAUAAAUAAAAAAUCUUUUAACUGUAUUUUGCAAAAUUGUAAAAUAUUUGCGCUUUAACCCAUACAUGGUUAAAGUGCAGGAGCUUAUCAUUGACUUAAGGAUAGAGUACAACGAGUUGUCAUUAAUGGUACAUUUUUAGGCUGGACAAAAGUGGUAAGUGGUGUCCCUCAGGGUUCUAUUUUGGCACCGCUUCUAUUUAACAUAUUCAUAAAUAAUCUUGCAAAAGGCAUUGAAAGCCACAUUUUAGGAUUUGCAGAUGAUACAAAACUUUGUAAAGUAAUACCCUAAAUUGUAGUGAAUUAUGGAUAACCACACUCAAGAAGGAUUUGGGAAUUGUUAUAGACAAUAAAUUAGGCAGCAAUAUGCAAUGUCAAUCUGCAGUUGCUAAGGCCAGUAAGGUUUUGUCAUGUAUAAAUAGGGGCAUAAAUUCUAGGGAUAAAAAUAUAAUUUUGCCUCUUUCUAAAUCCCUGGUAAGACCACACCUUGAAUAUGCUGUGCAAUUUUGUCCACCUGUUCUAAAGAAUGAUAUCAUGGCACUAGAAAAAGUGCAGAGACGAGCUACAAAUUGAUAAAAGGAAUGGAGCACUUAAGUUACGAAGAAAGGUUAAAAAAUUUAAAUCUCUUUAGUUUGGAAAAACGGCACCUCAGAGGGGAUAUGAUUACAUUAUACAAAUAUAUUCGGUGCCAGUACAAACCAUUAUCUGGAAAUCUAUUCAUAAACAGGGCUAUACAUAGGAUAUCCUUUAAUCUGGAAAAAAGGAGAUUUAUUUUAGGCAAAGAACAGUGUUGUGUGUUUUUUUUUUUGUUUUUUUUUACAGUAAGAGCAAUAAGGGUAUGGAGUUCUCUGCCUGAAGAGGUGGUUUUAUCAGAGUCCAUGUAGAUGUUUAAACAGCAAUUGGAUAAAUACUUCCAAAAACAUAACAUACAGGGAUAUAAUUUCUAAGUAGUGGGGUUAUAGCUGGUUGAUCCAAAGAGAUAUACGACUGCCAUUUUGGGGUCAAGAAGGAAUUUUUUCCUAGUUUGUUGCAAAUUGGAUGCGCUUUAGACUGGGUUUUUUGCCUUUUUUUGGGAUCAACAGCAAAAACAUAUGUGAGGAAGGCUGAACUUGUAACUAUCUUUAAUAGCAUAAAAGGAUACUAUAGGCAGCAAAUCAAGCUUACCUUAAUGAAGCUGUUUUGGUGUAUAGGUCGUGCCCCUGCAGUCUCACUUCUCAAUUCUCUGCCAUUUGGGAGUUAAAUCCAGGCAGUUUUAUUGUCAAACUCCACCACAGCUACAGCAGCAAAUGAAAACAAAAAUGUAACAAAAUCCUAUAAACAAAAACCUAGCUCGGUCUGAGCACUAACUGACAUCAAGUUCCCUCUCUCUCAAGGGUUUAAUCUAUAACAAAACAAGAAGUGGUUUCACCAACCUAGCGUCUUUUUCAGCUCUCAGCACUCCAGUGUUUUUGACAGCCUGCUUCUUCCCUUGCUACACUCCCAGUGCUCCAAGCCAGCCUUGACUGCUUUCCUUUUGCACUCCCAGUGCUCCAAGCCAGCCUUGACUGCUUUCCUUUUGCACUUCCCAGUGCUCCAACAACACAUACUCCCCCUGGGGUUAAAUGUUAUAGGCCUAUCUGCCUUCACUUUAUCACAGUGUGUUUAUGCUGCACUAGCCACACCUCCCCUGGCUGUGACUGACACAACCUGCAUGAAAAAAAGGUUUAAUUUUCAAUCAGAUGUUUACAUUUCUUUAUAAGUUUUUAUGUCCUGCUCUGUAAGUUUAACUUUAAUAAGACACAUGAGGCUCCUGCUGGCUCAACAUUUAAACUCCUAAAUGGCAGAUAAUUGAGCGUGGGCAUGAUCUGUACACUGUUAAACUAAAGUUGUUUCGGUGCUUACAGUGUCCCUUUUAGGCCAGGAGACUGGGCAUCUUCUUCCCUAUUUAAUCCACUGCAAGACAAAAUGCUGGGCAGCCUCUGGACCAUAGUAAACUUUCAAGACCAGUAGAUGGUGUGCUUUACUAAUCCAAGUUACACUGUGAAGCCAGCUUGUGAUUCUGAGUGCUAAGUGCUAGCCAUUACUUUAUGGAAUCAUUACUGGCCUUUAUGGUAUCACUGUACUUUAUUUCAGGCCUCAGCUGAAAAAGAGUUGAAUGAUGAGAAACUGAGAGCAACUAGUUUAAGUUCUCUGAAGGAAGAACUUGAGAAGGACUUAACCAAGAGGAGAGAGGAACUUAAAAGUUUUAAAGAGGAGUACCAAAAGGUAAAAACUUGUUUUGGUGAUUAUUUUUUGACUAUGUUACACAAAAAUAACCCCUACCUGGCUAAAUUCUAGAACAUGAAUGGUUAACCUUGGCACCCUAAAUGUAUGUGAAUUACAUUUCCCAUGAAGUUGGCUGGCUAAAUAUUAUGGAAAAUGUAGUUGACAGGCAAUUGGGGUGCCAAGUAUAGCGGUCACUGUGCACCACUCCUCUUGCCAUACUGUGCUGUUGCCUAUCCAGACUGCAGCACCCCAAUGCAUUGAAACAUCUAAGCAUAUGUGAUUUGGCCUACAGAAAACAAGCAAUUUUGAAGAAGCAAAACAACUAUUGAUUCAGCAGAAGUUGGAACUUCAGGGCAAACAUGACAAUUUAACGUCCACAAUUCAGCAGGAGAAGAAAGUUCAGCAGAGUCUAAAAGAUGACAUGAAAAGAAAGGAGGAGGAAUGGAAGAAACAUAGCAUUGAGCUCAAAGAUAAACUGGUAAGAAAGCUUAUGUUUUUAUGUGUUUAUUAAUGUAAACCAUGUUGUCAGGACGUGUAUUGGUUGAGUUUUUAUAUAAGCAUGCACCCUCAGAUGCAGAUCGGGGAGCUUGUGUACUGUGAACAGAAAAGUGGGGCUAUCACCAUGGAAACCAAAAAAAUCUGCAAGCUCCUUCUGUUGGAGAUGACUCCACUUUUUCAGAUGUCAACAAUUGUAUAAAUCUCCUCCACUAUAAUCUCCAUGGUCUUUGGUUAGGAGUGCUUCUGUCAAAAAUGGAUUUAAAGAUGGCUGCAACAGUAACCCUGGAAAGCCACUUAAAUAUGUUAUUUACUUAAAUGUAUGCCUCAUGAAAUAACGCACACAGUGGUAAUAAUACAUCUAAACUGUAGUUUUAAAAGUAAAAUUGAUGACUGUUUCUAAUAAACUUAAAAUAUAGCUUCUGUGAACUUGCUGCUCUCAUACUGCGUAAGACAAGUGAAGGGGACACACACAGGGGGACAGCACGCUCGUCAUCUCCAGACUUGCGAUGAAAGAAAUAUCUGCCCUGUUCCUUAGUUCAGACUACCUUAGUCACUGAGCGGGCAUCUUCAUUUUAGGGUCUGAAAAUGUGUAUGUAACUGCUCCGGUAGCAGAUACUUAUAUUGCAGAUCUAUUGGAAAGGAAACUAAACAACCUCCAGCAGGUGGCAGCCUCCUGGGAAAUAACCUGGUUUCUAGCAGACCAUUCCAAAACUGAACACAAAUGAAUACAUAUAGCAGCUUGUAUCUCAGAGGAUUUAUAAAACAUUCUCUGUUGACCAACCCUGUACACAGCUAUUUGCACUUCCCUAAAUCCUAUGUAGAGCUGGCUGCUAUUUUUGGAGUUACGUGUUUAUACGACAUUUUGUUCCAAAACUAAUGAAUCAAUACUUCUGAUGCUUUUCUUUGUUGGAGAUCGAUGUAUCAUUGAUAAACCUUUGAUCCUAUGUUUUUAGAAUUGUGCAAAUUUAAGUUUAACGAUUAUCUUAAAUUUUCAAAAAGCAUAACCUGCAUUUGACCGUAAUUGUUGCCAAUAAAGAAAUUUAAUUCUAGAUUGGGAUCUUGUCUCCAGGUAAAUAUUAUCUCUUCAAGGUGUCUUUUGUAAUAUUCGACAAUUUAAAAACUUUACAAGAGAAGUGUCUGUUGGCCUGGGUGUGUUGGCAAAAUUCAAGUUAAUUAUUAAACGCAAAGAGUUAUUUAAGUGAUGAUUCACAGUCAAUGAGGUUUAUUCGCAAAACCUGGAGAAUUUAUAUUUAUAAGGAAUUUCUAAUUUAACUCUAAAUGACUGGGCUAGAAAAAAAAUUCAACUUGAUAUUUUGCCGUCUUGGAUAUUUUUAGUUAAAAUGUGCAAUUCUUUUGUCAAUUCUCCACAUUCCCAGAUUUAGAGAAUAAAUCUCCCUAUGUAUCCCAUAAUUAUUGGAUAAUGUAUAUGAUUUUGUCUAACUGAAAUAGUUUUUCUGUACUUUUCAUAUUUGUGGUGUCUUUUAUAAGCUCCAUUUUAAAAAAGAAUGUUGUGUGGUUGUAAUGUUACAUUGCAAAGUCCUAUUUUAGUCUACUAAUAACUUACUUAAACACUGCACUAGUCGGUACGUACAUAAGCAGAUUAAAAUGUGACUUAAACCUAUACAUUGUGCAAUACAUCCUAUGUAUAGAUAGGAAGCUAAUAAGAGUUAUCUGAAUAAAACUGUACUGUUAAUCUCGUGCUUUGAACACACAACUCUUGGUAGUGUCCUGGAAAGACUGCCUUCAGCCAAAGACACUACAUUUGGUACUAUUUGGUAUACUACAGGAAUUCAGGGCAUUAGAAAGGCAUUAAAUUAAUCAUGGGUAAUACCACUGGGUGCGCAAUCACACAUCAAGGUGGAAAAUUAAAGGAAUAAUAGAAACCAAAUAAACAGAUAACUGCUUCCAGGAGGGUAGAGAGCAGCUGCUAUAGAAGCAAUGAGAGAGACGUUAAUCGAAUCAGCCUAUAGCCAGCAAAAAAUAAGCACUGCUCUGAAAAUAAUUGAGACUCGAAUCCAACAUGUCUGUGCCCCAUCGGCCCCGAGUCCUUAUGCAGGCCAUAACACCAGUCUAACGAGUCCCAUCGCUGGUAACGAUGUGAACUUGGUCUCGAGGCUCUCUGUCAGGCUGUUUACUAGCCGGAUGCAUUUUGACUUUCCCCACAUGGGUCUUGGCCCUGGAAGAUAGUGGUUUGCUCUAGGGUCGGGCCUCCGGCACCUAAGUGCUUUCUGAGGCUUCCGUAUCAGUUUCUUUACCAGCCAUGCCGUCGUGGAGCUUCUCCCGGCAGGGCCGCAGUCCAUGAACAUUGCGUCGUGGGUCAGGCUGACCAUCAGGAGCAGCAUCCAGUCUUUCUAUGCGUUGCUGGAUUUGCAGCCAGAAUUUCACCCAGAUGUUAUCAAAGGCCUUUGUAAGGCAUUCCUCAUGGGAGCUGGAAGCUUCCCAUUGGCGGCCAUCUUAGCACGCUGUGUGCAGGGAGGUAUCUUCAAGGAAAUCACCACAGGUAGCAAAGAUGUGUGUCUGCCCUCCAGUGGGGACCGGGAUGACCCCCGCCGGUUCAAGUGGGGAGGGGGGUAGGAGCACGAUGGGUCCACACUUUCGACCCAUGAAUGUGGAGAGCAGCCGUCCCUUUCCCACCCUAGUCUUAUGCAGGCGUGUCCAAACAUACAGCUACCGUCCGUCUGCAGAUUCAGCUCAGAAGAAUUGCCACGGAGGCUCACAAGUUGGUGAAAGUUGUUUCCGUUUAGUAAAAAAAAACAAAAAAACAGCGAUUGUCCGGUAAAACAUCCUAAUUUAGCAAUAAGUUACCGGAGCUCAGCUAAGAUGUGUCCGGCCAGCUCUGCAGUCAGGCUUUGCCCCCAGGAGUUUACCCAUUUUAAAACCUUAAGUUACUUAUAUGAGUCUAAAUCCAGAUUUGGGACAGCCCGCACACACAAGAAAAAUACAGUUUUAAAUUUUACAAGUCUAUUUAAAAUCACCUAUCUUGACAAAUUAAUAGGACGAUUUAGUUUUAAUAUAUGGCUAUAUUGUUUUACGCCCACUCCUACAUUUAUUUACCCGAUUCUCGUCAUCUGGGUAUUCGCAGUACCUCUGGAUAUCGCUAAUGUGGACAUUUUCAUUCUAAUAUUAGUUCUGCCUCUACUUCGGUAUUAGUCAUUGGCUGAGAGUGGUAGUUUAUACCUCUGGAUAUCGCUAAUGUGGACGUUUUCAUUCUAAUAUUAGUUCUGCCUCUACUUUGAGAUUAGUCAUUGACUGAGAGUGAUAGUAUAUGCCUCAGCUCUUUUUGAGUAAAUAGCUCUGUAUGCCUCACUUUUCCUGAAUAACUAGGACUCCUUAAUGAACACUUCAAGCACCAUAACAACUACAACCAACUCUCUGUAGUGGUUGUAGUGCCAGAAUUGCCCUGGUAAUUCCGUGUUCCGUGAUAAGAUGUAAAGCAACUGGGUUCUGCCAGGCCCCUGUACGGCAUCUGGUCUUCUACUGUAGGAUUGCUCUACAGAACAAAGCCUGAGAGCUGCAUUGACUGUACUUUGGCCAUCAGACACAUUUGGCUUCUCCUGCGCAUUUGAUACAACUUAGGUAUGUUGUAAGAAAAUGCUAAAACAGAUUCACAUGUUAACAUGGAAUGGCAUGAAAGAUCUCUCUUAAGGUGUACAAGAUUUAUCCUUUUCCCUUUAUGCUCAUAUCUAAUAGGGAACGGUCAAUUCUCAUUUUAAACCUCUCCACCUCUCCGCCAGUCGUGAAUUUAUCCUAUUAUAUUUGUUUACAUUCUUUUUUUUUUUUUUUUUAAACAGCAUUUGGUCUCUAGUUAUAAAUGACCUGCAUCCUUUUAUGUGUUUUAUGUAUCAAGAUAACAGAAGCAAAAGAAAAAGAAGAGCAAAAAAAGACAUCUGAGGAAAAUGAGUCCAAACUAAACAUGCAGAUCACUGCGUUGAAUGAGAACAUUGCGACACUCAAGAAGGAGUGGCAGAGCAGCCAGCGCCGCGUUGGUGAGCUGGAGAAGCAGACGGAUGAGCUGAGGGGAGAGAUUGCAGUGCUAGAGGCAACUGUCCAGAAUAACCAAGACGAAAGACGUGCUCUUCUAGAAAGGUAGAUUUCUUUCUUGAAAAUGUUUUGCAGACUUUGAUAUUAAAGUCCACCUGGUCUUUAAUCAUUUACCUACACAUGCAAUUCUAAAACCAACAAACUAAAAACUCCUUUUGAGACCUGUUUUCAUAUGGAUUGAGUGUUUGAGACCUGUUUUACAUCUAAUUAAAACAUGUUUGACUACAAUCCAAACCUAUACUCGCAGAUCCAGGCUAUUAAUUUUAUUAAAAAAAAUUAACCUUUUGCUCUUACCCUUUUAAUUGUCUUUCAGGUAUCUUAAAAGCGAGGGAGAAAUUGAAAAACUUCAAGCCAAAGUAGUAGAGUUAAGGAAGAAAGUAGACGAAACGUCGUAUGCAAUGGAGGAGCUGGGCAGAGAAAACCAGUCUUUACAGGUAGUGUAUGACAAAACAUUGACUUUAUAUAUGUAUAGUAAGCAAUAGCCUGCCUACCCCCAUCAGUCUCACCCCUAGUCUUCAAUCAUUAAGCAGUGCCUUAAAAACCCUCUCUUUAGGAAAGCUUAUGGCCUCCCUCAGUCACCUCUACCUCACAUACCUGUCUCUUUCUCUCUCCUAAAGGGCAGCACUCUACUCUCUCCUCCAGCUCUACUUCACGCCCACAUUAUUUGAUUUCCUGUCCUAAUGUGUUUUAUACCCCACCUCCUAUAUACUGUACGCUCGUUUGAGCAGGGUCCUCUUCAACCUAUUGUUCCUGUAAGUUUUCUUAUAAUUGUCCUAUUUAUAGUUAAAUUCCCCCUCCUUAUAAUACUGUAAAAGGCUACGGAAUCUGUUGGCGCUAUAUAAAUGAUAAUAAUAAUAAUAUUCCUCAUAAAUAACUGCCAAUAAAAACAGGCACAUUUUAUUUACAUUUCAGUGGCUAGGCCUUAAAGCCUAAGGAGAUUACAACCAUAAUUGUAUAAAUAUUUCAUAAAGUUUAUUUAAAAAAAAAAAAAAAGGUUUUAAUGUUAUCAAUCACAAAAUUGCCAGUCAGUCUUAGAUGACCAGAACGCCUUUUAGUUAAAAAACAUUUGCCAUCAUAUCCUUCCUCAGAACUUGACCCAGAGGAUGACAUGUGCCCCAGUGUUUUAAAACACUAUGAUGAAUAAUUAGAAAGAAAGACGUUAAUAAAAGGGGAGGUAGUGGUUCUUCGUGCUGCUCCUGACUUUGUAACAGCUGACAUUACUACACUUGCUCUACUGAAAUUUAUUCUUGCUUAGCUUCCCGUUCUUCUCUUGCUCGCAGCCUGCAUCCAAUCCUCAGCCAGCUCUUGUCACCACUUCUGCCCAGCUACCUGUCUAACACUGCCCAACAUAACAAGGGGUCAUAAACUUUUCCUAUCUGUCCUUGUUCCACACAACAAGGACAGAUUAACCCUUUUAUACCAUCAUACAUAAAUACCACAGUGCUUAAUGCCUGUGCAUUGAUUUUUAAUACAGCACCAUGCAAUAUCUGAUCCUAUUACGUGUAUGUAGUAGAAAAUCACAUGCAGUGACACACACUCAAACAUCCCAACUUGCAAAAAUUUCUGGGAGGUUGCCUCAACAGCUUCGGCGCCACCCGACCCCAUGCGCGCACCCUCUCCCCACACAGACACACAUCCCACAAACAUGUAGGAACACAGAGAUACAUGCACUGGCACAUACACACUGACACACAGAUACACGCAUUGAAACACACUCACUGACACACAGAUACACGCAUUGAAACACACUCACACUGACACACAGAUACACGCAUUGAAACACACUCACACUGACACACAGAUACACGCAUUGAAACACACUCACACACACACUCCCACUGACACAUACAUUCAGAUACACACACACACACACACACACACACACUCAUUCAUAUACAAACACACACUGACAUACUCAGAUACACUCAGACACACACACUGGCACGUCCACUCAGACACACACACACUGGCACAUACACUCAGAUACACACUGAGAUACACACACAGACACAUAAACUGAGAUACACACACUGGCACAUACAUACACACAGAUACACACUGACCCAGAGAUCCGCACACUCAGGUACACACACUGACCUACAGAUCCACACACACUCACACUGACACAAACACUCAGAUACACUCUUGGUCCUGGCCUAGGCUGAUUAGAGUGAGCAUGCAGUAGCAGUUCACUCCAGGCUCCCUUUUGCCUCAAUGCUGCUGUAUGCCUAUGCUGACUGCAUGCUGCCUCCUCCCUCCAUUCCUCUUGUGCAGCUCUCUGUGAAGCAGGGAGGAAGUGACAUGCUGUCCUCACUUCCUCAAUGCCGGCUGAUACAAUGGUCGGCUCUUAAGGGCCAGUCCUGCUUAGUGAGUAUGAAGGAAGGGGGCACAAAUCAUGUAUAAUUUCCUGGGAAUCAAGACACACAAUCUGAUAUACAUUGUAUGUCAGAUUGUGUGAGUGAUUUCCGGGAUAUUAUACAUGAUAUGAGGGUGUCAGGCAAUGAGGGAGUCUCUUGGAAUUACUGGGAGACUUGGGAUGUCUGCAUACUUUUUUAUUAUAAUAGCAGCAGUUAAGAACAAAGAACAAUUCCCGAAACAACAUCUCUGGCCAAAGAUCCAUAGCAAGGCAUAUUUACUCUAGAGAUUGCAGAUGCCCUGCUGUUCACAGAACACUGUUCUAGCAAAACAGCACUUUUAUUAAGUGUAUUGUGAAAACUAUGAAGACCUACAUGGUAGAAGAAUCCAUCUGGUAGAGCUUACUGCAAAAAAACUAAACAAAUGCUAAAAACCUAUAUGAUGGCAGUAGUGGUGUGUUUUUCAUCUUAAAAGUCCGGUUAUGGUGCCAACAUUUAAAGUUAAAAUUUGUGGUGAGAAGCGAUACGUUUGAGAUUUACUUAAAAAAUGCUGUAAAACAUUCUGUACUUUGCAGAUUAAACACAGUCAGGCACUUAAUCGGAAAUGGACCGAGGAUCAUGAAGUUCAAAAUUGUAUGGAAUGUGGGAAAGGGUUUUCUGUAACAAUUAGAAGGGUAAGUAUAAAAAUGUCUGCCUGUGUGUUUUCUAGUCCUAAUCCAUAAUAUUUGGAAAAGAAGAAGAAACUGGUUUUGGAAAUGGAAAGAAAAACAUAGCACCAUAUGUUUCUCUCACUUUUUCUUUGCCUGUUGUGGUUUUCUAACAGUACCAGGUAAAGUAUUAAAGGGACACCGUAGGCACUGUAUCUGCUUCAUCUCAUUAAACUGGUUAUAGUGUAUGGAGUCCCCUGGUAUCAUCAUUUCUUUCAGCAUUAAACAGUUUUUAAUGUUUUAAUGUUUUAACGCUAAACAAGAGUCCCCGGCAGUCUAUCCCAUCUGUGCAGCUUUGGCUAAUAAGGAAGUAUUAGCCUGAGCAGCAGUGGACAGCUGUGAUUGGCUGAGUGUCAGCUGACUGCUUUCAGCCUGUCAGAGCUCCAACUGACGGUAUGAAUGGGUAUAAGAACAAUCUCUGCCUUAGCUACACAUACAGAAGGGGCUGGACUGUAGGUGGCCAGGGACUCUUAUGUUGUGGCAUACUGCACGAACAUGGUGCAACACUGAAUGGAGGGACAGUGCCAGGGCACUCCAGGCACUAUAACCAAUUCAAAGAGAUGAAAUGGUUAUAGUGACUACAGUGUCCCUUUAACUAGGCAGUUGCAAACGUUAAGCUGGAAAAUCUCUCCAGCUCAGCUGGUUUUCGUAUUUUGGCUGAAAGUUUGCAGUUCUUUGGGCAAUGCUUAUGAUUUCCUAAUUUUUACAUCUUUCUCUAUGUCCUCUUUGUACUAUCUCUUUCAUCUCUUUGUUUGUUCCUGCGUGUUUUGCUUUUUUUCUUUCAUAACUUUCUUUCACCACUGUGUGCUUUGGGGUCUACGUGUGGAUCCAGUACACACAGCUAGUGCUGCUAAUUGCUUCGAAUUUAUUAAUAGAGGGUCCGUGUGAUGCAAACACAGCUGCCAGAAUAAAAGGAUUACAUCUGACUCAUCUAACACAAAAAUCCAUCAUGUCACUUUCAAUAAAAUGUUUGUAAAGAACCAAGUGCUUCAUUAGAGAGGCAUAAUCAAGACUUUGUUUUCUUUAACAAGGCACCAUAUUUUUUUAAUUUUUUUUUAAAGAUAUUUCAUUUUUAUAGUUCUAGUGAGUUUGCUCAUGGUCCUAAAGAUCACAACUGUUCUAAUUGUGUUCCUGUUUUUCUGUCUGCCUUUGAGGUGAACAAUAAGCAGAUAUAGGCAUUUGGUGAAAAGAAACACAGACUUGAGAACAGAGCACAGUGAUAUACAGUAGUUUAGGACAUAAAGUUUAGAACUUGUUGCGAAGAUGUGCAUUGUAUGUAUUUUAGUUUGACACAUUGAGUUUAGUUUAAGCUCUGUCUAUUUCCACAUUGAACCUUCAUACAAAAAAAUACCAUGCGAUACCUCCAACUAAAAUGUGUUUUUCAGUGACCGUUUUUCUAGAGCCCUUACCGCAGUAAUAUUGUGGUACUAUUAUUGAUCUAUGUUAUAUAUACAGUGUGCUAUAGAAGAUGCUAGCAGAUACGUAGGAAAAAUUAUAUUCGUUGACAAUUUUAACUUGAGUUUCUAAACCAAAAAUGGUUGAAUGUAGAAAUUGAGCUUUUUGUAGAAUUACAAAUUCCGUAAUGCUCUCCUUUUUUCUGUUGUGAUGUAUUUAUAAUGCACUUACUGCAAUUGCUCACUCCUGCUUUAAAGGAACUUUGCAUUAUUGCAGAGUUAAUGGACCACUAUUGGCACCCAGACCACUUCAGCUCAAUGAAGUGGUCUGGGUGCCAGGUCCAUCUAGGAUUAACCCUUUCUCUGAAACUGCUAUGUUUACAGCAGAAACUGCUAUGUUUACAUUAGGGUUAAUCCAGCCUCUAGUGGCUGUCUCAUUGACAGCCGCUGUAGGCGCUUCCACGCUUCUCACUGUGAUUUUCACAGUGAGAAGACGCUAGCAUCCAUAGGUAAGCAUUGAGAAUGCUUUCCUAUGGACUGGCUGAAUGCGCACGCGGCUCGUGCUGUGCAUGCACAUUCAGCCGAUGACGAGGAAAGGAGGCGGAGAGUCCCCACCGCUGAGGGAGCCCGGCGGUGGAGAAAAUUUAUGUGUUUAACCCCUUCCUCACCCUAGAGCCCGGCGGGAGGGGGACCCUAAGGGCCAGGGGGACCUAGAGACCCUAUAGUGCCAGGAAAAUUAGUAUGUUUUCCUGGCACUAUAGUAGUCCUUUAAUGGUGCUUAGAGCAGCCCAAGCCUAACUCCGUGUCUGAGAGUGGCUUACACACUUCCUUCUAGGUUUUUUUCCCCUAUUGUGAGAAUGCUGUGCUGAUACCAAAACAAAAGAUCAUCAUUAUAUAAUUAAACUCUAGUUAUCUUAUUUGAUGAUUGGAACUGCUAUUUGGGGGUAAAUUAUGUAUCCUGUAACCCACUGCUUAACAAAUGAUUGAGAUAUCAAUCCCCAUAAUUCACUGUGAGAUACUCGUGAUCAGGUCAUCUCAUUCUGGUUUGGGAAGGGCUUGCCUGUAACUGCAGACAGACUUUAAGCAGUGCACGGUGUCACCAGUGAUGUCUAUAUGCAAGUUGAUCGCUCAAAUGGAUGAAAGAGUUGACGUUGCCUUUAGUGGCUCUUUGAAUAUAUGAUAUUGGUCCAUGAAUUGCAACUUCUGCUUUUACAUCUCACUAUGCUUCACACUAGGAUAUAAACUGAUCAGCUACAACAUUAUAACCACUGCCAGUUUAACUGAAUAUCAUUGAUUAUAUUGUUACAAUGGCACCUGUCAUGGGGUGGAAUAUAUUAGACAGCAAGUGAGCAGUUCCUUUCUUGAAUUUCAUGCAUCAGAGCUGUUUUAGCAACACGAGGGGGUCCCAUUUGAGAUUAGGCAGGUGGUUUUACAGGGAGUGCAGAAUUAUUAGGCAAGUUGUAUUUUUGAGGAUUAAUUUUAUUAUUGAACAACAACCAUGUUCUCAAUGAACCCAAAAAACUCAUUAAUAUCAAAGCUGAAUAUUUUUGGAAGUAGUUUUUAGUUUGUUUUUAGUUAUAGCUAUGUUAGGGGGAUAUCUGUGUGUGCAGGUGACUAUUACUGUGCAUAAUUAUUAGGCAACUUAACAAAAAACAAAUAUAUACCCAUUUCAAUUAUUUAUUAUUACCAGUGAAACCAAUAUAACAUCUCAACAUUCACAAAUAUACAUUUCUGACAUUCAAAAACAAAACAAAAACAAAUCAGUGACCAAUAUAGCCACCUUUCUUUGCAAGGACACUCAAAAGCCUGCCAUCCAUGGAUUCUGUCAGUGUUUUGAUCUGUUCACCAUCAACAUUGCGUGCAGCAGCAACCACAGCCUCCCAGACACUGUUCAGAGAGGUGUACUGUUUUCCCUCCUUGUAAAUCUCACAUUUGAUGAUGGACCACAGGUUCUCAAUGGGGUUCAGAUCAGGUGAACAAGGAGGCCAUGUCAUUAGAUUUUCUUCUUUUAUACCCUUUCUUGCCAGCCACGCUGUGGAGUACUUGGACGCGUGUGAUGGAGCAUUGUCCUGCAUGAAAAUCAUGUUUUUCUUGAAGGAUGCAGACUUCUUCCUGUACCACUGCUUGAAGAAGGUGUCUUCCAGGAACUGGCAGUAGGACUGGGAGUUGAGCUUGACUCCAUCCUCAACCCGAAAAGGCCCCACAAGCUCAUCUUUGAUGAUACCAGCCCAAACCAGUACUCCACCUCCACCUUGCUGGCGUCUGAGUCGGACUGGAGCUCUCUGCCCUUUACCAAUCCAGCCACGGGCCCAUCCAUCUGGCCCAUCAAGACUCACUCUCAUUUCAUCAGUCCAUAAAACCUUAGAAAAAUCAGUCUUGAGAUAUUUCUUGGCCCAGUCUUGACGUUUCAGCUUGUGUGUCUUGUUCAGUGGUGGUCGUCUUUCAGCCUUUCUUACCUUGGCCAUGUCUCUGAGUAUUGCACACCUUGUGCUUUUGGGCACUCAGUGAUGUUGCAGCUCUGAAAUAUGGCCAAACUGGUGGCAAGUGGCAUCGUGGCAGCUGCACGCUUGACUUUUCUCAGUUCAUGGGCAGUUAUUUUGCGCCUUGGUUUUUCCACACGCUUCUUGCAACCCUGUUGACUAUUUUGAAUGAAACGCUUGAUUGUUCGAUGAUCACGCUUCAGAAGCUUUGCAAUUUUAAGAGUGCUGCAUCCCUCUGCAAGAUAUCUCACUAUUUUUGACUUUUCUGAGCCUGUCAAGUCCUUCUUUUGACCCAUUUUGCCAAAGGAAAGGAAGUUGCCUAAUAAUUAUGCACACCUGAUAUAGGGUGUUGAUGUCAUUAGACCACACCCCUUCUCAUUACAGAGAUGCACAUCACCUAAUAUGCUUAAUUGGUAGUAGGCUUUCGAGCCUAUACAGCUUGGAGUAAGACAACAUGCAUAAAGAGGAUGAUGUGGUCAAAAUACUCAUUUGCCUAAUAAUUCUGCACUCCCUGUAAUGUUGUGGCUGAUCGGUGUAUGCGCAUGGAAAAAUAGUAAGCAGUAUUGAACAUUUAUAACUAAAAUGUGUGGAAACAGUUUCUUCAUUUACUUAAAGGAACACUACAGCUUUAGAAAUACAGACAUGUAUUCCCAACUCAGUAGUGUUCUGCUUGUUUAGAUUUAAGAGAGGAAGAAGGGUUGUUACUUACGUUUUUCCGGCAUCAAGAUUCACUCUGUGCUGCUGCCCACUCUGCCUCCUAUGACAUCGUUCUACGGGCUUUGCUUCUUUGUCGUCUUAUCCAUUCCAGUGCUUCUCUAUCAGAAGCAUUGGUGUUGAGAAAAUUAUGCAUGGCAAGUGCCAUGCUUGUCUAGUCGAAUGCUUCAUAUAGCAUUAAACCCAGUGUUUCCCUAUGAUUAAGAUUUGAUAAAGUUUUAUGCCAAAUGUCACAUAACCGAGUGAAACUCAGUCGUUGAUGCAAAAGCACCCUCUAAAUGCUGACAGGAGGAUGGUCACUAGAGAUGUGCCAAGCCCUUAAAUCAAAACAUUGCUGUAUCUACUAAAUAGCAGUGUUUUACAUUGCAGGAUUGAAAUGACAGGAGCACUGCACACAAACCACUUCAUUGAGAUGAAGUGGUCUGCGUGUGUUUAGUCACAUUGUCUACAAAGAAACACUGCACCUUCGUAAAAGUAACCUGCUCUAUGGCUUUCAUCUUCCUCUGGUAACCUGAAGAUAUUAAUCUAGCAGUACAUAAAAUGAAAUUAUAAGAGAUAAGUUUAAAACGUUUUGUUGGUUUAUUAGGCUUGAUCACUGAUUUGGAGAUUAUUAUCACUGAUUUUAAUUACUGACUUAAAUCAUUGGACUCACGAUAACCAGGAAUGAAUGACUGACAUUAUUUUACUUUUGUCUUUGCAGCAUCACUGUAGACACUGUGGGAAUAUAUUCUGUGCCGAAUGUUCCGCAAAGAAUGCCUUAACGCCUUCCUCCAAAAAGCCUGUCCGUGUGUGUAAUACAUGUUUUAAUGACUUGCAAGGAUAGGGACGGUUGUUUAGCUAGACUCUGCAAAUUACAUUUAGUAUUUUUGGUAAUGCACUUCGUAAAAAGCACUCAAAGUACUUAUUCCUCUGGAUGACGAUUGUAAAAUUCAACAAUAUAAAAAAAAUAUCUUUUGAAAUGUUUUAUUGAUACAGAUGUAAAAGUAUUGUGUUUUUCAUGAAAUAUGACCUUCAUUCACUCUCUGCAUCAUGCUUUCUUCUUGGAAGAUUACUCUUUGUUUUUAAGAUUCAGUUUGUUUGGCUGCUUGUAAAUAUUAGCCUUACAGAAAUGGAACUCAAUGUGUUGUUUUUGUUUUUUAUACUUCAGUAAAUCAGGAAACACUUCUGUAUAAAAGCUUAGAUAUUUUUAUUUCUUUAUAGCAAGGCUGCAAAACAAGAGGGUUUAAUUAUUUUUUUUUAUACCUAAGUAAGCCAAUAGCAACAUAACCCAGGUGCCAUACAAAAAUAAUACAAAAUGGUGAUUCUAAUUAAAAAUAUCCAGCGUGGUGUUGGCAGAUCAGCAUUUCUGUUCUUUACAGUAAGCUUUUUCAAGAUAUUGAACUAACCUUGUCACAUUUACUACAGUAUAUCCCUCAGUAUCAAUGGUUAAAUUAUGGCUACUUGCUUCCUUCCAUUUGUAACGGACCAAUUGACUUUUUGAGCUCAGUGGUAAACCUUGGGGCAAAUUUAACCUCUGGUGAUCUUGAGUUAGAAUCCGAUUUCAAUAUGAUACCUGAAACAGCUCAUCCAAAAAUUCCCAUCUCCCCUGCUGUAAAUGUGUAGGGGUUCAAGUUCCCAAUAAUCAGUCUAUUUUGCUCAAUCC